AUGCAAUUUGUUCGAAAGCUUGUUGGUAAAUCCGGGCGACCGGUUCCGAACAUUCAUCAAUCGAGCGAAGAUGAAGCUUUAUCGUUGCGACAUUUACGAAAGCUGUUCAUGGAAUUCCUUCAUUCACCUGUGCCACUAACUGUUCCUGAACAAGAGUCUAAGCUGUAUAUGAUGCUGCCUUUGUUUUGCAAAGUGUUCGGCCACGCUAAACCCAGUUGUAUAACAGAGAAAUUUGGAGAUGUUUGUCAAUUCGCCGCGCACGUCUCUCGGCUUAUGGUGAACGAAAUUCGACGAAGAGCAGCGAAUCAAAAAAAAGAAACAGCUAGUAGAAUGAUCAUUGAAUUUCUUAUGCGUGAUUCUGCGGAGGAUACUGUAUCUGGAUGGACUCUGUUGAACACGCUGAAUAUUCUUGCUUCGGCAGAUACCCCAGUAGUGGAAUGCAUGGUGGCCGCGAGUUUGCCUUCAAACAUGGUCAAAUGUCUUUACUUAUUCUACGAUUUACCCCCAAUAGAACAAACUAGUGACAAGAGUAGUGAAGAUAUGGAAGAUGAUGCUAUAACAAUUCAAAAGUUGUACACUCAAGUGCUGGUAAAAUUAUGCAAUUAUCACGCGACUUCCAGGGAACUUGUUCACACAGACGAUCUGGCGUUGCUCUUUACUGCAAUAUCGUGCCCGAUCCCAAAACAUAAUGCACAGUGGCGAAGCUGUGUGUCUGAGAUUCUGAUGAGUUUAACUCGCCAUGGUUUGGACCGAGACGUAGUGCAUUAUAUUCACAGUAAGUAAACCAAUUGCAGACAUCGAUUAGCAGAUAAUUUUGAAAUCGUGCCAGUCGUUAAUAGGUGUAUUGUUUUCUUUAGAAGCUUCUUUUAUUACUUCUUUCAAUUUCUAACUUGUUUUGACGACGAUCAAAAUGUUUUUUCUCUUAAAUAAUUAAACCUGUUUUUGUGGCCAUGUCGGUUUCGAGUCAAGAGCGUUUGGUUAGCUGUACAUGUAGUUAUUGAAUUUUUAGAUUUGAAGAUUUGAUCUCAGAAAGUUACAAUCUUUCAAUCUGAUUUGAAUAUAUUUUUCUCAUCCUCUUUCAUUUUGUUUAAGCUGUUGUUUCCACGAAAGAGACCAAAUUAGAAGAGGAAAUUUUUUGAUGUAUCAGUUUACAUAAACUAUAUAUAAAAUGAGUGUUUGUACAAGAAGUUUCACCAGAGUCAUUUCAGUAAAAUAUAAACAAAUAAAUGCUGAUCAAAACAGUCAGAAAUAAAUUAAUUUCUAAUUAAUAUCUAAUGGGAUGGUACAAAAAAAGUGUGAAAAUGUGGCAUCACUUUUUCCUUUAAGAAAAACUGUUAAAGAAAAUACCCUUAGUAUUUCAUCUCUGAUGUUUUUCUUUAUCAUCAAAAAAACUUCCUUAUCAGUGAAUGUUAUUUUCAGAAAUUAUUUUAAAUAUGUCUCCCAUUCAGACACCCUCUUGAGAUUUUGAAAACAUAAGAUGAUUUUACAUAAAAUAAUCCUUGAAUGAGGAAAUGCAAAUUUUAACUAAAUGAACAAAACAAAUGCAUGCACCCCCUUAAAAUGGGAAACAUAGCUUUGUUUUUGAGAAGAAAGAAUUUUGUCAUUGAUAACAUGAGAUUAUCCAUGUAUAAAUUAAGAUAAUAAAAUCUUUAAAAAAAUUUUUAAUUUUUUUUUUCUUUUAAGGAGCAUAGGAAUUUAUCAUUUUCAUGCAAAAAUGAAGCAUAUAGUAGGAAUAAAUGUUGUGGAUUGAAAUAAUUCUCUCACUCCAAGAUCUCAUUAAGCAAUUCUCCUUACUGUCUGCUAUAUAAUCCUUAUGAUGUUACUUCUGAGAAUUUGAUAUUGGAUCAACUGAAAUUUCCUAACUGGUAUUUUUAUCUAUUUUCAUUGCUUGUCUGCUUGAUAUUGCAUUGAUUUUGUAACUGUUGCAAGAAUUUCUAUUUUGAUUGCUCAAAGGAGUUUAAUGGUUAAAUUUGUGUCAAAGGAAGUUAUGUAAACAUUUGUCCUUUUUUUUUUUAGGCAAGUCAUGCUUUAAACAAUGUCUGAUGAACAUGCGGAAAAUCCAAGAAGUGAAUCCUUUGGAGUUGGUAGAAAUGAUUGUAACACUGGUUUGUUGUCUCAAAGACUCAUCAGCAAUUUCUCAUUAUUUAUUGGCUGAUUUUCGAAGUUGUCAUGGCUACCUUUUCCUGUCAGAACUGCUUUUAAUGCUAGGAGAGAUGACAGAGAAUGAAGCUCGUGAAGCCUGUAGGAAUGUUGUUCUUCUUGUGUCAUCGCUAGUCAUGAUUGGUCAUGUCACAUUGGGACCUCUUGUCAGUAUUGGUACCCCAUUCCAGGAUCCUGAAUUUGAAAUUCCGAAACCAAUUGGUGGAGGUAAUUGUAGUCCUCUGUAUAGUCAUGAUCAAAGUUAAGAAGGCAGUGUGGCAGAGUGGUCAGAGGGCUGGGCUUGUGAUCUGGUGGUCCACGGUUAAAUAUUUUAACUCUGUUACUCUCUGGAUUUGUUCUUGGGUGUCUCAAGUUCAACUCCAUGCCUACAGUCUGUAUUUCUUUAUUCUCAUCACUUAUCUGGUUGAUAUUGUAUUGAUAUCGUAAGGAGAAAUUCUGUUUUGGUCACUCAUGGGAGUUAAAGGGUUAACCAUCAGACACUGUUGGGCAGUUGUUCUAUCAUAUCAAUUUCAAUUAACUGGUUUUUGUGGGUAAUUUUUGGAUUUGGAGUCACUGUUUAGCAAUAUCUGAGAUAUAUAUUGCUUUAUUAUUUAAUAGGUAUAUAUUUUAUAUUUUUAGAUAAAUUUAUUAAUAUUAUCAUUUAUUAAUAUUAUUUAUGUUAUAUUUAACAUUACCUUUAAAUAUUUGCUGUGUUUAAAUAAAGUUUUAUUAUUAUUAUUAUUCCAUAUUUAUGUAUGUUGUGUAAUUUCAAUUCUUUUGUAUCUGUUACUGCUUUUUCUCAGGGCUUGAGAUCCUUAUAAAAUACCAUAGUUUAUACAUAGAGUGAAAUAUUUUAACUUAUGAUUGUAAAUUUUAUUACCAGGCAGUAGCGUUAGAAACAUUGAGGCUUUUCAAGUUCUGCAAACCGUGUUCCUUAAGGUAAAGAUUUAGAUUUCAGUAUGCAGUUUCAAACUAGCAUUGAGCAAUCCUUUUGUUGAUAACAUUCCACCAUGUAAUGAAUGAGGCUUAUUAGAUCUUGCUCUUUUACAGACAACAGACAAGCUCCUCUGUCUAAAUAUCCUGGAUUGCAUCAAGAACAUCUAUCGCUCAGACAACGCAAACUUUUUCAUUCUGGAACCACAGCAUACAUUGUCCUUAUUUGUUGAAAAAGCUCCAGAGAAGGACAUUGAAGUACAGGAAAGAAUUUUUCAAUUACUGGAAUUGGUGAUUUGUAAUCUCAACUGGGUACCAUGCCCGGAGCUGAUCUCCGUUAGCAUUCUUUACAAGAACAAGAAGUAAGAUAACAUUUUCUUUAAAAAAAAUGUGAAGAUAACCUAUUUCUCUUGCUUCAACUGUACUUGAACAAUCUCUGUUUAUGACAUCACCUGAGUUCAGUUUUGUCUGAAUUUCAUUGUGGAAGAAAAAGAGGAAAGAAAGAAGUAUUUUAUUUACAACAAAUUAUUUCCUUGAAAUUUUUUUUUUCUGAUAGGGUCUCUGGCUGUCAUCAAGUUGCUCUUUGUUUUCUUAUUCGCAUUUUGAGCUUUGAUCCCAAGUAUAAAGAUGUGUUCAGGGAUGUAGGAGUUUUAGAAGUUUUGACAAACUGUCUUAAGCAAUAUGCUGAUGGGUUGAAGGAAAAAUAUGACGGUAAGGAUAAUUUAAAUAUGAUUGUUGGAAGUUAUUAUGCAAUUUGCAGAACUACAUAAGCGUAAGGCUGGAAAGCGAAAACUCAACCAUUUAUUUACAGGUAUUCCUAUGAAAAUCCACAAAUAUUCUAGUGAUCAAGCCGAGUAAACAUUCAGUUAGGCAAUAAGACAGGUUUCUGACUGUUUCAAGUUUAGAGAGACCAUAAUUCAACAAUUUUGGUCGGCAAAAUAUGCCAGUACAAACACUGCGAUCAGUCCUUUUUCGACAAAGCACAUGUCAUAUUUCCCAGAUGUUGAUGUCAAAAUGCAGGCACGCAGAGGGAGCUACAGAAGUUGACCAAGAUGACUUUUUUUUAUGCCCAUAAAAAUCCCCUCUAAAAAGCGCCCUGCCCCCAAAUGUGGCUUUCUCACUCAGUCGAUAGCAGGGCCCAACUAGUGUCUGGGAGGCAUACAAUUGAAUUCUGUCAAAGCAUGAUUUUUUUUUUAGGCUUGUUUUCUGCAAUUGCUUGCAUCUAACUUCACAUUACAAUAUCUUCCCAAAAUCACAGGUUAAGGUCAGGAGAAUAAAGGAAAUGAUCACCAACUAGAGAAGCUCUUGAUUGUGAAACAAAUUCUCCUUUUUAGCACAUUAAGAAAUAUACAGAGGACAGUGAGGAGAAUAUACAUACUGAUGUUAGGGUGUAAAGGGUUUAAUUGCAGCUCACCUACAAGGAUUAUUUCUUUGCAUUAUUUUCAUCUCAGGUGAAAAUCUUACUAACCCUCCUACUCCCAAGAUCUCAUUAGUAAUUCUCCUUACUGUCUGCCAUACAGUUCUUGUUAUCGUUAAAUCGUGACAAUGGCGGUCUGCUUCCUGACGCCUAUUUACACCUCGUCAGAAAAAAGGCCGCUAAUUAGUGAUCAUAUAAAAGGACCUCUUGUUGCAGCGUUUAGAUCACCCCUGAUGAAGGCACUAGACAGGAGUGUCGAAACAUUGGGUCUAUGAAUCGUAACUUCUUCGGUUACAUUCAUUAAAUCUACAAACCAGUGUAGCAUCAAACUAUGUCUGAUUGUCCACCUGGUUGCCGUGUGAACUUUAAUAUAGUUCUUGUUAUGUUAGUUUGGAGAAUUUGGUAUUGGAUCAACUAAUACUGGCAAUCCCCUAAUUAAUAUUUUUCUUUAUUCUCAGCACUUGUCUGCUGGAUAUUUUAUUGAUAUUGUAAGGAGAAAUUCUGUCUUGGUCACUCAUAAGAGUUAAAGGGUUAAAAUCUUACUGAGAUUCUUGAAAGUUUCUGACCAAGAUUCUUAUUAGGACUCUUAAUUAAGAAUCUUGUUAGAUCAUACAAGAUCUUAAUAAGAUUUCCACCUGGAAUCUGCAGGUCAAAUGGAAUUUCUUUCAUUAAGAAUUAGAAAAUUAGUAAUUACAAGGGCGGAGAUUUGUCAUAAUUUGGGGAAGAAUCAUGUGAAAGAGUUCAUUUUGUUCUCAACCAGAAACAGUCAAGACAGCAAUCAGCCAACUGGAUGUGAAUGGUUAUGAUGAUUCUGAAAAUGUCCCUGAUUUUCCAUUCCUGUUGAUGGGAUGCCUAAGACUACUCUUGGAAAAUAACCCCAAAAAUGCCACAAUGUUCAGGGAAUGUGGAGGGGCUCGCUGUGUCCACAACAUUGUGCCAUACUCAAGCUCAAGGACAGAGUCUUUGAAGAUUAUCAGAGAGUUGAUUUUAAGUGGUGGAAAUGAUGAUCUUGGUGAGGAGAAUUCAGUCUUUUAAUCAUGGCCAUUAUUUAAGUACAUGAGCAGUGGAGCAUUUUGAAAUGUGUGAGGAGAGAUUCUUCUCAGGGGGUAGGGGAGAUUCUUGCCAGGUGGAAGGUGGGAGAGAUUCUUCCUAGGGGAUAGGGGGAGAUUCUUUCCAGGAGUGGGGAGAUUUCUUCUCAGGAGAUGGGGAGAGAUUCUUCUCAGGAGAUGAGGAGAGAUUCUGGCUAGGGGAGAGGUGGGAGAGAUUCUUUCCAAUGGGGAGAGAUUCUUCUCAGGGGGUAGGGGAGGUUCUUGUUAGAGAAGAGGUGAGAGGGAUUCUUCCUAGGGGAAUGGAGAUUCUCUCCAGAGGUAGAAGAGAGUCCUCACAUUUCCCAAUGUCCUUUGUGUAAUUUGUUUGAAAAAGGAAGUGCUGUGAUUGUUAAGAACAUAAAAAAUAAUAACUUUGGAAUCUUUACUGACAUAAUUUUUUUUUCUCUUAGGUACUCUCCUUGGCUUGAUGCACUCAACUCAGCUGUCUGAGGUGAAGCUUAAAACUGAUGUGUUAGAUGCACUGCUUAAAGUGUUUGACCUUGAUCCCAGAACAAGAGCUGUGUUUCGUGAAGUUGGAGGAUUUGUGUACGUCAUGUCUGUCUUGAUAAACAUGGAAGGAAGCCUGGCUGACCCUGUAAAUCCUGCAUGGACUGAUGGUACUUGACAUAACCUGUAGCAGUUUUUUGUUUUAAUGUACUUGUCUUUGAUUGAAUGUUGAAGUAAUUCAGGAUUGCUUUGAUGUUUCUUAACUUUACUUGGUGAUUGAUCUAGAAAACUCACACUAUCCCCUCAACCAAUCAGAUGCAAAACCGAAAACAAUUCUGACUUUAUCACCCAUGUUUUCAUGUGUGUCAAGUAGUUUGCUUGUUUUCACUUUGAGUUCUCAUUGGCUAAUGAUAAUGUAAAUCCCUUUCUGAUUGGUUGCUCAUAUUAGAUAUCAGUUUUUUACACUCAAUAGAAAACUUCUGUAUUCAUGAUGUUGAUUACUAUGUAUUCUCAUAGUUAACCGGGAACAGAUUCUUGUUCUCUUGCGAACGGUGUUCCAUGUUUUGACAGCUGCCAUUCAAGAUGAUCCUGCCAACAAGAACUUCAUGGAUGAGGUAAAAUUUCCUAAUUUUUUCAAUGCAUCUAAUGAUACUGAUCAUCACUUUAAGAAUGGAUGGACUAUCCUUAAUUAUAAUCCAUUAAACAUAUAGCUGAUUCCAGUUAGGAGAACAUUUUGCUGCUGUGACAGAACAAGAAACAAAAAUGCUUGUUUUUAACCCUUUAACUCCCAAGAUCUCACUAGUAAUUCUCCUUACUGUCUGCUAUACAGUUCUUGUGAUGUCAGUUUGGAGAAUUUGGUAUUGGAUCAACUUAUAAUCUCCUAACUGAUAUUUUUCUUUAUUCUCAUUACUUGUCUCCUUGAUAUUGUAUUAAUAUUGUAAGGAGAAAUUCUGUCUUGGUCACUCAUGGGAGAUAAAGGGUUUAAGUUGCUCUGAAAAGUCUGGUCUGUUUGUGAUGGUAAGCUAUUUUUAAAUGUUUUGUUGUGCUGGCUGUGAAAUGUAUUUGAAGGAACGAAUGACACAAAAUGCAUCAUUUCGCUUGUAGAUUAUCAGGAAACUUUUCCCUUCUCGGUGAUUAGUUUUUAUUUGGAAACAAAUAUAUGAGCCUAUUUCCAGGAAAAGGAGAGGUUGUUGGUUAGAUAUUUGAUUUUGUUGUUUUUCACUUGUAAAGAUCCGAUUCCGAGGGCUUUCAGACACAAUACGCUUACUGGGUUGCUUUUCAAUGGACAUCGUUGAUGUUCCACCUUAUUGUGUGGGUGAAGAACAAAAGAAAUGGACACUUUGUGAGAGACGAUUUUCGCAAUCACUCCAACACCUACCGCUGACCCCACGAGCAAGUGCGGACUCAGUCCGAUCAUCAAUGACAUUAGUUUUUGAAGACCCUUUGGAUCUUGAUCCAGUUUCGGUGCUGUAUGCAGCCAAUGAGAUGUUCAAGAACCUUUUUGACAUGGCUACAGAUUCAUUUGGUUUAAAGAGUGGUGGGAUCUUACCAGUGGACUCAUCCAGAACACAAACAGGGAGAAAUGGUAUUGGUGUUCCAUAUAUUUAUCAUGGUGGUGCAGUAACAGCGGCUGUUGAUCUUCUUCCAGCUGUUUCCAAAAUGAAUGGCACUGCUACAUCAGAGGUAAGGGUUGACUCUGUGGAUGAACUAAGCCUAGAUUUUCAAAACCUCGUGGACUUUCACUGUCAAUUGCCUUACAAAAGUAGCAAUUUUUGUAAUUUUCAUUUUAAAAUUGCCAUCAAUGGCUUUUUAAAGCUAGUGCAACACCUCAAGAUUGAACUCACAGACAUCAGACAACAAAGCAGAAAAAUGCAUCAACAGAGCACUAAAAAUAUUUUACACAAAUUUCUUUAGCUUAAGAUCAUAGUAAUUAAAUAAUGAUAAUGUUAUUGCCUCCUUCUUAACUGGCAACAUCAGUUUACAAUUUGAUCUACAAAUGUUUUUCCUCUUGUCAUGAGUGUGAGACAAAUUCAUAUAACAUAUGUUCUGCAUACUGUAGAGUCUGUGGCUCAGUGGUAGAGCAUCAGAGUGCAGAAUCUGAAGGUCUGAGGUUCGAUUCCUCAUGGGAACUCAGAGUUUUUUCUUUGUCCCACGCUCGUGAAAGGAUGAAAAACAUCUUUCUCUAUUUCUUUACCGUGCUCAAAACUCACCAUCUCUCUUAUUCUAUGUACAAUUUUUUUUCUACUUGCCAUGGUGACAAAAAUGAUUCCAACUUGGAGCACUGCUAUUCAAGACCACUCUUACCUGAACGGAUCAACUGAAGGAAUUUUGUACAUGGGUCAAAGAAUGAGGAGAACACCUUUUGGUUUUGUUUUGCAGGAAUGCUUAGAGCUACAGUUGUACUGGAUUUGUCAUCUGCAGAAUCUUUUGAAGUGUGAGCACAACCUGCAAGUCAUGUGUGAAGCAGGGCUGCCGCAGCAGAUCCUUGACAGAUGUGAGGCUGCUUUGGUCACAGAAGAACAUCCAUUACAUGCACCGUUACAAAGAAUGUUUGAGAGACUGGCCUCCCAGUCCUUGACACCUACAGUGUUGAGGUAGGUUUAAACAAAGCGUUGUUCUCAGGGGUGAAUCCAGGAAAAGGUUGUAGGAGUCAAGAGCCACCCACCCCCCUCCCUCCCGUUUUAGCGUAUUUUUGCUACUUGUCUGAAACUAAAUUUUUUUUCCAUUAAAGAUGAAUCCAGGGGGAGGGGCUGGGAUCCAGACCCAACCCCCCCCCUCCAUAAACCUUAGUGUAUUUUUACUAAUUGUAUGGAACCAAAAUUUUUUCAACAAAAGGAUCGCUUAUUACUACUCAACUUGAAUUAUCAAAAGUUUCCUCAGAAAGAAAUAUUUCUCAGCUUAGUUAGGCUGUAGUGUUGAAAUAAAGAUAGGUGUUUACUUAAUCAGAUUUUGGACCCCCCCUCCUCAAAAUUUUCUGGAUACACCUCUGGUUCUAGAUAAUAAAGAGGUAAAGUCUGCUCUCUAUCCUUACUGCCCCCCCCCACCCCACCCCACCCCACUCUUACUCUGGGGUGAAAUAAAGUUCAUUCAUUGCCAUAUGCCCGAAUGGCAUUUCUAUCAGAGAGCUAUUUCCGGAGUUUAGCAUAUUACGAUAUUUUGUUUAUUGUAGGGAUUUUCUCAGACUGGGUUCCCCUCUUUAUUGUCAAUCUCUGGAGGCACCAAGUGAUUCUAAAGAAGGAAAUGACGAAACUGUCCUUGAAGAAAUUCCUGAAGACAAAACAGGAGAAAGCCAAGAUUUAAACGAGUCUUUGAGAAAAGUCUCUGAAGGAACUCCUAGAAAGGUUUCCGACAUUGUUAGUAGGAGACAUUCUGAUGCAGAUUCACACUCAAAUACUCUGACGUUCAGAGAUGUGAUGCUGAGUAUGAUACAACCAAGCUCAGAAUCAGUGUCUGAUGUGGAAUCAAAUUCUGACGAGGACGAGUAUCUGAUAGUUCAUAAAUCGAACAUUUCACCUAACCCUCCUUGCACUGACGAGGACAAUGAUGAUGUCGAUGAUAAAUCAGAGAGUGAAGAUACCCCGCCACAACCUCCACCAAGAAGAUCUAAAGGAAAUUCUGCGCGACGCUCUUUUGAAAAUUCUCUCGAUCUAGAUACGAGCCUUCCCUAUGGCCAGCAGUAUCGUGUUACUAUGGAAACCAACGAUCAGCCCACAGACAUACCAACAGCGGAGGUUGACGGAGUAGAUAUUGACACGAUUGGUAACACUGCGCAGGAAGUUUCAUCCAUUGAUCAAGGAGAGGAUAUGGUCAUUUUAGAUUUGAAAGGGGAGACGAAGGAAACUGUUAGCGAGAGCUCAGCAGAGCAAUCACCUGAAGGAAAAAAUUCUGAGACUAAUAUCGAAGAGGUGUCUGACAUUGAAGACGAGAAAAUGCAAAGCACAGACACAGCUGAUAGUGCCACAGACACCCCACCUAAAGCAGCUGAAGUUAGUUUUGAUGACUUAAGAGGCAGACUUUCACACAUGGAAGAAUAUCUCCCAGAGCAUUCGGAGAUUGAAAGCGAUGGGUUAAAUCAGCCAACAAAUGCUUUGAAUGAUGAAGCUGAUGAUGUUGAAGAUAUUGAGAAGGAUGAUGAUGACGAAGUAUCUUGUGGAACCCAGGGUGGGGGUGCUGUGUCACUCACUCGUGUCAAGUGUGUAGUUUCCAUGACAACCCCACGAGAUGCACGUGCGCAUGGUGCCACAGAUUGCCCAUCUUUUGUGGAGUUUGACAUGAGUGUGGAUGGGUUUGGUUGUCUGUUCUUGCCGGCCAUUGCGCCGCAAGUCUACACAGGUGAGCUGCUUCUGGUUUUACUGGGUCGGGAGAAUAAAUUCCUUUGGCCUAGAACAAAACACAGUUGUCAAGAUUUAAAGGACAGACAUUGCCACCUUUGAGUGUCCCAACCAUCAUGGUUUCUGUAACAUAAGCGACUGGAUGUAUUGCUACUCUCCCCUCCCCCCUGGAUGGGAUAUGCUGGUCCAUCCCCGGUUACCCCCCCUCCAACCCUUAGCAUUUGUUCGAGCUACCCUGUUAGUGCGCCAAUACCCCUCCAUACUCCUGGGUGGAGAGAGGCAUGGGGAGAGUGUGUUUGUUUGCCCAAAACAUAACACAAGGACCCGGCCAGGUCUUGAACCCAGGCCUUACGCCCCGCGGUCCAGCGCGCUAACUGUUACGACACCGCGUUUGUCAUUGUUCGACAUGUGACAUAUAUAUUAUUCCUUAGCAGGUCUAGCAACUGUAAGCUCUGUGAUGGCCCCUUCCGCAGUCGUGAGCAGUGUCCCAGGGGUAGGGGUGGGGGAGAGAGUGUUCCCCCCCCAGGCAGGAUUGACAUUUGUAUCAUGGGUGUGUAUUGAUCAGUACAGUGACACCACAGAAGACCAGCAUCCAGUCAGGCUGUUGACAAUCAUGCGGCAGUUUCGUGGUGGAAGCGAAAAAAUCCCAAACGUUCCCUGCUUGAGCAUCAGCAUCUCGGCUAAAGACAGAAUGCUAGUGGUAAGUUUAGUUGAUUUGGUUAAACCCUUUACAUCCAAAAAUCAGUGUGCAGAUUCUCCAUACUGUUCUCUAUACAUUCCCUAAGGUGCUUCCAAGGAGAAUUUGUCUAACAAUCAAGAGCUUCUUCUUGAGUUUGCGAUCAUUUCCUUUAAUCUCAUGACCUUAAUGUUUUAUUCAGGGUGAUACUGUUGGGAAUAGGUAGAUAUUUAUCACUCCUGGUGUUUUCCUUUGUGACAGGCAUUAUCUAAGACGUCCCCUUCGCUAAGAAAGUAGUAACCACUAUCUGUUCCCUCGGUGUUUCUGACCUCUAUGAACAAAACUGUUUCUCCUUAACAAUUCGAUCCCAAUAGACUUGUUCACUUCUUGACAGGUUUGUACGGAUGAGGGUGGUUGUGCAGAAGGUACCGAGUCAGCAGUAAUGCAGGCUCAUCGUGAACGUGAACGCACAGAGGCCAGGUUCCUAAGCGAUCAGCUGUUAGAGGAAGGCCGCUGGCACCACGUGAUGGUUGUGUUAAACAAAGCCCUGAUAAGGAACAGCACGUGUGCUCUGUUUGUAGAUGGGAAGCAUGUUAGCACGUGUCGCGUAAGUGCAGUAUUUUACUGUAGAGCACUUUCCGAUUGGGUAUCUUGCGACCAAAACCAAAAUACAAUCAUAACGGCCAAUCAGAAGACGGGAAAAUACCCCGAAGAGCCAAUGAGAACUUAAAGUCAAAACAAGGAAACCGCCUAGAGCGCGGGAAAACUGAACGCGGGCGACCAAGUCGCGAUUGGUAAUAGUUUUGCAUCUGAUUGAUCUAAAGAGUAACGCGAGUUUUUUUGAAUCAAUGCUAGAGAAAAGGAAAGAUAAACCGAUUUUAUCUGAGAUUACUUUCGAAACUCAAUUGAAAAUGUCUUUAUAAUGUGAGAAAUUUUAAUAAGGAGAAAUUCUGUUGCAAUUUGCUAUUUCUUGAUUAAAAAGCUCGAAGCGGCGAAAUAGUGUGUCGCUACUUAUAAAAAUACGCAUGAAUAUCGACAUCUCAGUCGUAGAGAAUAUUACCGCGAAAUGAAUUCUCUUGAACUUCUCAAAAUUGUGUUCUUUAUUCCACACUGUUGAGAAAGUUUUCACUUCUUUGUUUGAAGUUUUUGAUGAAAAGACCAAUUGGAUGAGAUAUAAAGCCCUCGCUGAACCUAAGAAAUGGCACAAAUUUAAACUAUUGUUUUGAAAUAUUCUUAUUUUAGUUAAAGUACGUCCAGGCAGCCGCAGCCAGUCCAGAUGGCACAGUAGUCAGUGUGGCUCCUUACAUUUCUGCCUAUUUUGGUACCCCACCCAACCCAGGCUACCGCAGAUGUUCCCGAUUGUUGUGGAGACUGGGCCCUACCCACCUCAUAGAAGAGCCUCUUUCUGGUGCAACCGCUGAGGAGAUGUAUAGACUGGGGCCGAACUAUGUCGGUAGUUUCCAGGCUCCGUGUCCCGAAGGUCAACUCACGGUGGUUAGUGUAUCAAUGAAAUGAGUUACUUUUGACCAUGAGGAAUGAUAGGAGUGUGUUAUAAGCCCUUAAACAAAGUUAACCAAAUCAAUUGAAGUUGUUUUUCUUUAAUCCUCAGUAUGGUGCUGAAGGUGUUGAACCACUUGUUAGUGAAGACAAAGUCAUGUUUGGUAUCCAUGCGCACGCAAAAUCAGUUCUCACAUUGGCGAAGAUCAGGAAGCAUUACAGAAGGAGCGAUACUAAGGCUGUAGCGAGAGAGGUAAGGUCUUCCUGACCCUAUACCCUAUCAUUAGAAUACACAUUUUCCAUACUGUUCUCCAUACAUUCUGUAAGGCUCUGACAAGGAGAAUUUGUUUAAUAAUCAAGAGCCUCUUUAGUUGAUGAUUAUUUCCUUUAGACAAUUAAUUUAUGCAUUAAAACUUGGAUUAAAUGCGUUAUCCCCUCUCUACCCUGCUUGGUUUUGUUCUGCCCCUUAAAGUCUUGCCAUUGUAUUUUAUUUUAUAUUUUAAGUCGGUUGGCCGGGUGGGACAAAGUACCACUCUUUGUAUCACUCUUAAAUGGACAAGCUCAAACUUGUUUUUGUAAAUGAAAUUUAGAAGUAAAACUCCCUUUUGAUGGUGUUUCAUUUCUCUCAGCUUGGACUCUCGACCCAUGAUAACACCACACCAGUACGACUGAUACACAACACCGCUGCCCAUCUCCAGGGUUCUGCGCGGACCAUUGGUGCAGUGAUCAUUGGUUGCUCCGGUGUGCGAACGUUCUGUCCAGACCCAGUCUCCAAGUUGAUAGAAUGCAUUGGUGGUGUAUCUGCUCUGCUGGGUUUGGUAGCUAUGGCAACCAAUGUUGAAGGGCUAUAUGCGUCUGUUAAGGCUCUUAGUUGUGUUUUGAGAAGUAAUCCAUCGGCGAGAAUAGACAUGGAAAGAACCAGAGGUUACCAGGUACGGUUUGCAAAGAAGAUAAGCUAUUUGUGAAAAUCUAGCUUUGAAAAGUUGUAUGCUCUUGUCCUAAAAUGACUACAGCAUGCUCUUACGCAAGGGAAAAGAAAAUUUCUUGAAAGUACUGGAGUGCAUGUAGAUUGAUUGUCGCAAAACCCGACCAAAAUAAUCACAAUGACCAAUCAAAAGAGAGCUAGUCACGUGUAGUCACAGGAUCCAAUGAGAACUCAGAACUCACGCAAACGCCUGAAGCGCGGGAAAACGCGAAUGCCUUAGUCGUGAUUGGUUGUAGUGCUUGUAUUUGAUUGGUUAAGAAGGUGGCACGCGUUUUCCUCAGUCGUUAGAAGACCUUACGUAAAAGCAGCUCAGUCGCGAGGGUUUACUUUCACACUCAGUUGAAAGUUGCUGAGUCUUUGUUUUCAAAAAUACCCUGGAUCAAUUUUUGAAGCAUUUCUUCAGUACAAGAGGGCCUCCGAGUCAAUUUCCUUUUGAGUCCUCUUGCUUCUUUUCAAUUAGAACUCAAGGAUUCUUCUAUACUUGAUUUAAGCAAGAGGUAAAUUGCUUUCAAAUCUCUUUACAGAUCCUGGCGUUGCUACUCCGGAGAAAGAAACAUUUGUUAAAUACUCAUAUUCUUCAUUUAACAUUUGCCUUGGUUGGCACAGUAGACAGUGACAGGGAAUCAUCUGUCAUCCCCAACCGAGUGGCUUUCAAAGAUUUGCUCUGUGAUUUAGAGGUAAUAAACAAAAGAUAUGGCAUAUUGCAACAGAGUGGUACCCAUUUGUGGACAUACUUAAGGUCGAGACACAGUUUGCAGUAUGAAGGUUGUAAAUCUUUGUCAAUGCUGUCUUAAUUUCUCGUCUUAGUUCCAUUUCUCAAUUGGCGGCUAAUUAAAAACCUUCAAAACAGGUGGCACGAAUUCAAAAGAGUUUUAGCGCGCAUUAUAGCUACAACAAAAGAAUCGCAGCUUGUUGUAGAAGCAAUGCGCACAAACCGAUCUGCUACUAAGACCUGUCGCAGUUUGUCCCGAUGUUGAAUAGUCAUGCCGAUAAAAAGUUUGAAAGGAACUUUGUAAAAUAUUUUAGCUGUUUCCGACAAGAUGGAUAAUGAAUUAAAAUGAAGGAAACUUCAAAAUUCUAAAACUAGCAACAGGAAGGAAAAUACAAAAUAUACUGUGAUGAUAAACCAUAACCUAAAAUAUCAAUAAGAGUGAAUAGAAAGGGUUUUUAAGUGAUGAUCCUAUGGAUAACUUUACUUGCUCUAUGGAAGACAAUUAAGCCUUUGCACCCCAACAUCAGUAUGCAUAUUCUCCAUACUGUUCUCUAUACAUUUCCUAAGGUGCUGACAAGGAGAAUUUGUUAAACAAUCAAGAGCUUCUUUAGUUGGUGAUCAUUUCCUUUAUUCUCACGACCUUAAUGCGCGAUUCAGGGCUGAUACUGUAAGGAGAAAUUAGAUGUUAGUCACUUAGGGGUGAAAGGGUUGAUACUUCACUAGGAAAGAAGUAAAGAAGAGCUCUAUGUUGUGCAUCCUGUCUCGCGAGAAUCAAAUUGAUCUUCUACUAUUGACCUGAGGCCAGAUGAAUUCGCCUCGUGUUAGUGUUGCUGUUUUCCCUUGUGGAGUUGUGAGGUACAGAUCAAUGUCAGUAUCUGAGCAACUACACACCUACCCCUCCCCAACCCAACGAGAGUUGACUGACUGAUAACAAUCAAGGGUUAAUGUUUUUGGGGAGGGGUAGGGGUAGGGGUAGGCGCGUAGUUGCUCAGAUACUGACAUUAAUCCUGAUUUACUGACUGCGUGACUUUUUGAACUUAACACAGGUGUGGCGUGAGGCGCCUACAGACCUACAGCGGUCCUUGUUUUCACAUUUUCUGGAACUCCUGGGCCCAGGAAGGUAAACAGUUCUUCGUUUUCUGCCUUAAACGUUUGUUAAUAAUUUAUUACAACUAUUUUAUCAAAGGAAUGAAAGUCUCUUUAUGGGGCGUGUUGGACUGCACUUGAUGCACUGAAGUGAUUUUAAGGUUAUUCUAUCCAUUAACUAAUUUCAUCCAAACAUCAAAAUUCAUCCAAAUCCAAGUUGCCGACAAGGAGAAUUUGUGUAAUGAUCAAGAGCUUCUUUAGUAAGUUAUCAUUUCUUUUAUUCUCGUGACCCUAAUGUGUGAUUGAGGGCUGAUAGGGCAGGGAGAAAUAAGAUGCUGGUCAUUCCUAGGAAUCUACGAGUCAAGUGGUUGCCUUAUGAGCAGACUCUGUGUCGGCUCUGUGAGAGGUUUUCAAAAUGAUACGCUCAAGAAGACAAUACCAUGAUCUGAAUAGGGUUCGAAUCUGCACCUCCCGACUCGAAAUCGAGCUGGCUAACUUUCAGAUCACCGUAUCUUCGUUGCAAUUUCAAUAAUAGAAUGCACUUAUAUCACCAGUGAAUCAGUGAGGAAUGCUGAGCUGAUGCAGCGACUCAGUUUGGUUCCCAAGCUGUUGUUUGUGCUCCAGGAUGACAGUGUGACAGAUGCUACAGCACACACCAUCGCUAGCGUGUUGUCUGUGCUACUAAGUAACACAAAUGACAAGAAGAACUUGCUGAGGUAUGAAAUUUGUUCAGCUAUACCCAACAUCGCUGUGGUGUAAUAUCACUAAAUGUUUUCUUAAACCGGGUCUAGGAUUGAAACUUAUGCGAAUUCUGUAGUAAGUUUCUCACCAUAGUUUGGUCCUCAUUUGACAUGUAGUGGUGUGCAGAUAAGUUACAUAUCCUACAUAUUCUCUGUACUACUUAACAAGUGACAUCAAAGAACUCUUGCGCCUAUUUCAAGCAUUCAGCAAAAUAAUAAACGGUGCAACAGUAGCGACCGAGUGAAAAGAACCCGAGAGAGGCUUGGGUCGAAACGCGUAAAGGACGGAGGUUUGGGUCGGGUCGCGCAAAGAACGCUUGUAAAACGUCUUGUCAAAAGGUCCUUCCGCCUUCCUAGACCACCUGAGGCAGUCUUGCGACAAAAUAUUAUGUUUUGUGGUUUUGGAUUUUCAAUCAAAUGUGAAAUUUCUUGGGAAAUAUGAUGCCUGCACGUCUAAACCGUCAUCCAAUCCACUAACAAUUGCAGCUCCUCCUAGUGCGUUUAAAAAUUUACUUACUUCAUCUUUUUGUAUAGCUACGAUUAAAGUAGUCACGAUGAUCGUUGAAACAGUUCCUGGGACACGUCCGUUUGACACGUUGACUAUGAGCGAAAAGAGCAGAAUAUCAAGCUUUUACUGAAACCCGUUAGGGGCACCUGCAAAAUUCCCUCUCAAAAAUUUUAAACUGUUCAAUGAAAUCUAGCUUUAGUCCUCCCGUAACGGGGACUUUGACAGCAAGCAUAGUCUCCUUUCAAACUGUUGUUUGGUCUCGUCAUGCAAAUGCGCUUUCUCCUUAAUGAGAGAGGGCACUGCGUGACAUGGCUAAACAAUGGCUGCGAAGGAGACAACGGUAUGUAGCACCAGUGCAGUUUAUUUUUGCUUGCAAUUAUUUAGACAGCAGACAUACGAUAGACCACAAAAUACCUGUAAGUUAGUUUAUUUUAGGUAAAUUGGAAGUUUUUUUCUCGCUCUCUUAAGGUAAAGAAGCAUUUUCGUAGUUCUUUUUCUUCAGUUUAAAAAAAUAAAAACAUCAGUUACAUAGUGCCCCACCUCAGCCCACCCAACCAAAAAAAUUACCUCUUGCAUGCCUAUGUUUUUAAUAUUUGUUACAUCAGUAUCUUGCGCACUGUUUCUUCACUUCCCAGUUCUGAUGGAGUUUUACUUCAAUGUUUCGCGCAAUAAAUGCUCCUUUUCUUUCCAAUCUGACGUUUUUGUCCAGUGCAUUGUUCUCUUUCCUUCUGUUUGUUGUAAAUAUUUUGCGCACUGCUUUUUUUUCCUUUCCUCUGUUUGUUUGUUUUGUUCAUAUCUUAUGCAUUCUCUUCUCUGUUUGAAUAUUGCGAUAGAAUCAAACACAUUGCUUGUUUUCUUCUCUGUUUGAUUUCCAAGUUACUAUCUACCUCUGUUUGUUCUAGUUUAUAUUUGUUUCUUGCGCUAGAAUCUAGCGUUUUUUCUUUUUUUUCUUCUGAAUACUGGCUGAUUGUCAAUUUAAUACCCCACGAACUGUUCAAACAAUUCCAUUUGACUAUUGCAUUAGUAUCUCGUUCAAUCGGUUUUUUCUAAUUUUACCACAACAAUUUACAUACCGUUACUCUUUUCAUCUUUGUUUCUUAAUAAUACUUUUAAGUCAUGAUAUUAGACACUGUUUGUUCCCUUCUCCGUUUAACUGUUAAACUAUCAUGUGGCGCGCUGUUCCCUACGCUGUUUGGUUUUUGCGGUAAUUUCCGGCCCACUGUUCUCUUUUCUGUCUUUUUUACGUUAAAAUCUCCACACUGUUUCUUCUCUUUUCUAUCUAAUUGUUUCUUUAGUAUUUGAGCACUUUUUUUCCCUGUUCCGUUAACUUGUGAUGUUAUCAUCGCUUGCACGUGCGAACAGAUGUUAUCACUCUUUGACGAUUACGUUUGCGUGCUACUGGAGAAUUGAGAACUAGAUCAUGGUGAUGUAAAUCAAGGAUUAAUUUUAGCUUUGACGAAACUUUUCCAACAUUGUCACAUUUUAAAAUAUCAAGCAAAUUCCCUGCGUUCAAUUUUCCCUUCCUAAUUUAUUGUAGUUCCCUAUUGAUCUACUUAAUAGUUCAAACGGCUGAAUUUGCAGUUUUCACUGUCGCUAGCUUUCGAUUAAACCCUGCUUACAAAAGCACGUAAAAUCUACUACUUUACUUAAAAAGAAAAUUUAAAAUGUCUUCGCAAAGUAAUACCAGUGUUCUUUUAAAGAUAAUGUACAUGAAGAAGAAUCUUUUUGUAGAAUCAGUAGUCACUCUGUUUCUUCUCCGCCUCGUUGUUGUCCUCCUCGAGUUCUUCUUUCCUAAAAAAGUAUUAUAUAUUUGUCACUAUUUCAACUUAAAAGUAAACGGAACAGAUUUCCAUUAAAAGAAUUUACUUUCUUCUUCAAUGUCAUUGGUUAUGAUUAUCCAAACUUGUCGAACAUACCAUAUGCUUAAUACGAAAGUGACUUUAAGAUUGUCGAGUUAUUGUUAUUUUUUUUUUGGAUUUAUUAAAGAUAAAGCUAACUUUUUCAGCUUGUCAAGUCACCUUCAUCGUCAUAGCGUUUAGCAUCGUACUGACCUUGAGUAAUUACUUCUGAGUGUAUUGCAUACAAAAGAAACUCUAAUUCAAGGCCAAUUUUAGAGAGCGAUUCGUCAAAGAUAACAUCAACUUCUUUUUCUUAACGGUCAUGAAUGGAAGCAAAAAAAAAAACGAAAAACAAAAGACCAUAAGCUGGUAAACUGAACAAGUUAAGCGUGCUAAUCAGUUUAUCUUAGAAAAUUGCUCAUUAUAAUCAGACUUACCCUUUUUUCGUAAAAUCAAAUGUCACGUUAUCCCCCAUCAAAACAAACGGAGCCCAUUGGCGAGGUUUGGGGAAACCAUUGUUUCUCAACCAUUGAACGGCCUGGUGAAGAGAUUCACUGGCACUUUCUCCACGAACAAGGUGUUUGUAGAAAUGUUUCAUGAGCUUCUCCGUUGCUUCGUCUUCUACAGCCCACGAUGCAACCAACACUGAACGUGCACCGGAUGCUAAGAAUGCCCGAGCGAUUCCAAUAACUCCUUCCUUUUUAACCAGGCCACGCCCACUGUGACAGCAGCUGAGUACUACCAGUUUAGCUCGCACUUGCACUCCUUGGAUUUCGGGCAUUGUCAGUAGGUAGUCUUCCUCUUGUGGAGUAAUGUUAGAAGUACGUUGAGGAGAGAGGGCAAUCUCCCCUCUUUUGGGAUUUCCGUGUGCGGCAAGAUGUAUCAGACUCACGGAAGUUAUUGCGUGAAGUACCGCUUGCUUUGUUGCGCGACUUCCUAACAAAGGCUGAACGCCCAGCAGUCCACCAACCAUCUCUGCUUCCUUACGUGCACAGAACAAUGGUGUAAUGUCAGUGAGAUGUCCAUUGUAAUAAACUUCGCCGACCGUAGGAUCACCUACAACUAGUGCAUCUGUUUGACUGUGGUAGUCCGCUGGACUUUCUUGUAUGAUCCGGAGAGUCGUCAGAGAAGGGACAAUGCGUAUUCUGUACUUCUCCGAUAAGUACUUUCCGGCCGGUUCAUCACGCAAUAAAGCAAAUGGGACUCGGUACAAAAAACGAUCUGGCACAAUGAUGAUUUCGGGCUCUGUAAGUAAAUCUGCCACUGGAGCGAUGAUCCAUUUGUAGCACAAAUGAUGAAUUCUUUCGGUAUCUUUGGUUUCGUCAGCUCGCAAAUUUUCUCGGCUCUCAUCAUGAAGAGAUGUCUUCACGUUGUCAUCCAAGGAUCGAUCCUCGCAGUUUGCUGCGGGUAAAACGCCAAAGCCGGCGGCGCUCUUUUUGAAAAUUCCUUCCAGAUCGCAAACUUUCUCAUCAAUAAGAGUGUCUACUUCCACUUCGUCUGUUUCUCGAAAGCAUAGCUCUCCAUUUUCUUUCAAUACCCAGAGAAGAACUCUCCGUUCUUCAUACGAAAUGUACAAAGAAACACAGUUACUUUCUCUUUUCACGAUGUUUUCAAUUCCGGACCAUGACUGUGGAUCAGCUGAGAUGUGACUUUCCACGGCGUACUUCUCUGCCAUGAAUUCUGCAAGGACUCUUGCUCGUCCUAGCUCUUCAGCAUAGAGAGCAUCUUGAAAUUUUCCAGUACGGCAAAGCAAGCGAGUGAGUAACCGGUAGGGAAAAGUACCGUGUACUUCUAACAGAGACAUUUGGAAUUCACUGUUCCCUUUCAGAAAAGUUCUGAUUUGUUCGUAUUUUCCAAUACAUUUGAAAAGAUAUUCCUCUGCCUCCACAUACCCCGACUGCGAUAACCUUAACAUUGUAAUAAAGCAAAGGCUGUUAAACUCAGACAUUUUGUCUCCAAUUUGUCUGCUUAUGGAGAGAGCUUUCUCUAAAUAAUUUUCUGCCUUGUCACAUUCACCAAGCAAUAGGAAUAUUACCCCAACGCCUCGGUAGAUCUCUGCUUUGACUCUUCUACAACCACAUUCUCUGCUGAUGGUAAGCGCCUUCUCGCAGUGUUCUUUUGCCUUCUGAUGGUCAUUCACAGAAAAAAAGACAGAUGCCAAAUUUGCAGUAGCCCUGGCUUCUAGAUUUCUGUCACUGACUGCUAUACUGAUGCCGACUGCUUUGUUGAAAUGUUUUUCAGCUUCUCGUUUUUUUCGAAGCGUAUCAUGAUUAAAAUAUCCAAGCCUAAAGUGUCCUGCACCUUCUCCAUUUCUGUCGCUGAUUUCUAUCGCGAUGGCAAGUGCUUUCUCGAAAUAUUCUUUAGCCUUCUGAUUUUCGCCAAAGGAAUCAAACACAUCUCCGAGGUGCCCAUAUAUCCUUCCUUCUCCUCUUCUGUCGCCAAUUUCUAUCAUGAUGGCAAGUGCUUUUUCGUAAUAUUCUUUAGCCCUCUGAAAAUCGCUAAGGGAAUAAAACACACAUCCGAGGUCCCCGUAAACUGUUCCUUCUCCAUUUCUGUCGCCAAUUUCUAUCGUGAUGGCAAGUGCUUUCUCGCAAUAUUCUUUCGCCUUCUGAUGUUCGCUAAAGGAAUGGUACAUAGUUCCGAGAUUCCCAUUACUUUUUCCUUCUUCUUUUCUGUCGCCAAUUUCUAUCGCGAUGGCAAGUGCUUUCUCGUGAUAUUCUUUAGCCUUCUGAUACUCGCCAAGGAAAUUAAACACGAUUCCGAGGUCCCUGCAUACUUUUCGUUCUCUACUUCUGUCGCCAAUUUCUAUCGCGAUGGCAAGUGCUUUCUCGAAAUAUUUUUUAGCCUUCUGAUGUUUGCCAAGGGAAUGAAACACAGUUCCGAGGUUCUCGUUACUGCUUCCUUCUCCAUCUCUGUCGCCAAUUUCUAUCUUGAUGGCAAGUGCUUUCUCGUGAUAUUCUUUAGCCUUCUGAUGUUCGCCAAGGGAAUGAAACACACAUCCGAGGGUCUCGUUACUUGUUCCUUCUCCAUCUCUGUCGCCAAUUUCUAUCGCGAUGGCAAGUGCUUUCUCGUGAUAUUCUUUAGCCUUCAGAUGUUCGUCAAGGGAAUGAAACACAUGUCCGAGGAACCUAUUACUUCUUCCUUCAACUUCUCUGUCGCCAAUUUCUAUCGCGAUGGCAAGUGCUUUCUCGUGAUAUUCUAUAGCCUUCAGAUGUUCGUCAAGGGAAUGAAACACAUGUCCGAGGAACCUAUUACUUCUUCCUUCAACUUCUCUGUCGCCAAUUUCUAUCGCGAUGGCAAGUGCUUUCUCGCAAUAUUCUAUAGCCUUCUGAUGUUCGCCAAGGGAACAAAACACAGAUCCGAGGGUCACAUUACUUCUUCCUUCUUCUUUUCUGUCGCCAAUUUCUAUCGCGAUGGCAAGUGCUUUCUCGUGAUAUUCUUUAGCCUUUUGAAAUUCGCCAAAAGAAACAAACACAUCUCCGAGGCUCUCGUAAUGUGUUCUUUCUCCAUUUCUGUCGCCAAUUUCUAUCGCGAUGGCAAGUGCUUUCUCGUAAUAUUCUUUAGCCUUCUGAAAUUCGCCAAGGGAAUGAAACACACAUCCGAGGGUCACAUUACUUCUUCCUUCUUCUUUUCUGUCGCCAAUUUCUAUCCGAGGCUUUUCGUGAUAUUCUUUAGCCUUUUGAAAUUGUUCAUCUCCGAGGCUCUUUUUUUCAUUUCUGUCGCCAAUUUCUAUCGCGAUGGCAAGUGCUUUCGGCAACAUUCUAUAGCCUUUGAUGUUCGCCAAGGGAACAAAAACACAGAUCCGAGGGAUAUUCUUCCUUCUUCUUUUCUGAAAAUCGCGAUGGCAAGUGCUUUCUCGUGAUAAUAAAACAAAUUUCCGAGGUUCCCGUAUACUGAUCCUUCUCCUUUUCUGUCGCCAAUUUCUAUCGCGAUGGCAAGUGCUUUCUCGUAAUAUUCUUUAGCCUUCUGAUGUUCGCCAAGGGAAUAACACACAUUUCCGAGUAUCCUGUUACUUGUUCCUUCUCCAUUUCUGUCGCCAAUUUCUAUCGCGAUGGCAAGUGCUUUCUCGUAAUAUUCUUUAGUCUUUUGAUGUUCGCCAAGGGAAUGAAACACACAUCCGAGGUUCAUGUUAAGUGUUCCUUCUACAUUUCUGUCGCCAAUUUCCAUCGCGAUGGCAAGUGCUUUCUCGUGAUAUUCUUUAGCCUUCUGAUAUUCGCCAAAGGAAUGAAACACAGCUCCUAGGUUAGCGUAUGUUCUUCCUUCAUUUUUUCUGUCGCCAAUUUCUAUCGCGAUGGCAAGUGCUUUCUCGUGAUAUUCUUUAGCCUUCUGAUGUUCGCCAAGGGAAUGAAACACAUUACCGAGUUUCCCGUAUACUGUUUCUUCUCUAUUUCUGUCGCCAAUUUCUAUCGCGAUGGCAAGUGCUUUCUCGUAAUAUUCUUUAGCCUUCUGAUGUUCGCCAAGGGAAUGAUAUACAGAUCCGAGGUUCCCGUAUGCUGUUCUUUCUCCAUCUCUGUCACCAAUUUCUUUCGCGAUGACAAGUGCUUUCUCGUGAUAUUCUUUAGCCUUCUGAUAUUCCCCAAGGGAAUGAAACACAUUUCCAAGGAUUUGAAGUAGAAUCGCACAUUCACUAAAUAAAUCAGUCGCUCGUAGGCCACGAUCAGUGUUGCGAAGAAAUAUGGCGACAUUUAAACCUAUCUGGAUUGAUUUUAGGAUUUCUUCUGCGUUAUUCAUAACGGCUCUCUCCUGAUUGUUGUCAUAGGAAAGAAUCAACAAAAAAGGAAACUCAGUUCAAAAAAGUAAAACUGAUAAAUCGUGGUGUACUUAAGGUGUUUUUAGGGAAGUCAUCAUUUUCCUCCUUUUCACAAACGUCUGUGUGGAACUAAUGCCAAUCACAUCAGCUGGGUUAAAUUGAUUCGAAUAAUCGUGGAGCACAAGAUUGCGCUUUUUCGCCCGCAUGCACGCCCCUGUCACUCGCUUCAGCGGAGUGGGUAGCUAAAGUCGGAAACUUUACUGGAUCAGAUUUUCAGCUCAGAAUUAAGAUGUUUUAGUGAAUACAGUACAUAUCAACCUUCAAUAGCUGAAAUAUUAAAAGCGAUAAGAUGUUUCCCUUUUUGCAUUGUUUCACCAUAUUUCGUCCAACUGAAAAUUAUUUUCAGAUUCGAAUAAACAUUCUUCUCAUACUUUAUAAGGAUUUAUCCCGUGUUGAUAUUUUUUAUGGCAGUUUGGAGGGUCAACUUGGAGGAAGUAGAUUUUCUUGUUUGAAUUUUUUUGGUGAUGAAUUUUGAAAACUCUUGAAGUCACGCAAAUCUUUCAGUUAACUUAGAUGUUUCUGUAAGCCAUUGCAGUAUCAUACGAAAGCUGUCAAAUUGACUUUCAAAAAGAGAAUGCCGAAGGGUUUACACGUGACAUGUGAAAAAUAAUGGUAAUAGGACCGAGUGGAGUCCAAUUCUGUCUGUAAUCAUACGAGUGACCAACAAAAUCGGACGACCGCAAAGCAGGAGUCUGAUUUGUCAACACGAGUAUGAUUACGGACAGAAUUUGACGACACAAAGUCCUGUUACAAAUUAAUCAUUUAAUUCAAUUUCCGAAAACAACGAAUACAUUUAGGAUAAAUAUCUGCAGUAAAGACAACGUCCUAAUGAAAAAUUCCUCAACUUCCAGUUUUUUUUAGGAUAAGUGUUUGUUGCUAUGGUUACUGUGUUCAAUUCUGUGAUUGUUGGAUUUGGCUGAAAGGAUUGAAUAUGACUGGCCGCUUCAACUGUCCGAUUACAGUUGUCUGAUUACAGUCAACUGUCCGAUUACCACUCAACAGAAUGAUUAAUUAAAAUUUAAGUGGCCAAUGCAGCACCAAUCACAUUCGAGAAAAUGAUAACGUGUAUGAUCAAGACCAGAAUUAUGAUGUGACGCGUGAAUUUUACAGAAAGGCGAGCGUGAUUCGUGAAUUUAUGAGCCAAUGUGGGGCGUGACUUGCCUCCUGAAAUAAACGUGACCCUAUAAUUUUUUCUUUCAUUGCGUGAAAACCUUAACAUUUCGCAUGCACUUUCUACACAGGGAGAGAGAGGUGAAGUUUCCUUUUGCAUACGUAACGCGUGAAUUUCUCUAGAAUUCGUUCGUGAAACAGGAUCAGGACCACUCCUUUGCAUUGUUGUUUGAUUUAGAAUCGAGGCAAAUCAGUACAUCUUAAAUCGAUCCGGAGAUAUCCAUCAACGCGACGUAGAUUUUGCUUCGUUGCGUGGCGGACAAAUUUGAAGGACACAAGUGCAACGCAAAAAAAUUGCAUUCUACAAUUAAAACAAAGUAUGAAACCAUCCAACUGUGUCCAGAUGAAUAUAUCUUUGUUGGUAUUUCUAACCUUGUCUCCCAUACAAAGAAAGCCGAUUUGUCAGUUUGAGGAAUUCAUUUUUGUUAUUAAUUUGACGUGUACGAAACUAAAACAUAUAAAUGUUGUCAAUAAUCACUCAACAGUUAUUUUCAAAACUGGAAAGAUUUUAAUUUUAAUGCAGUAUAAAAUUGGGCAAAGGAAAGAUUCGAGCCAGCUUUUAAACCGCGCACUCGUUAUCAAAACGCUUUGGGUUUGAGACGAAGAUAAAACUUUCCAUUUCAUUGUACUGCAUUCGCGCUAAGUUAGUUACUCAUACACCGACUUUUCCAAUUGUUUUGUUUGGUAAAAUAACAAUGUCAAUUGUAUUAAUGGAAAAUGAAACAAAGGAAGUAAUAAAAAUGCAGAAAUUGAAAAAAACGCAACAAAACAAACAGCUUACCUUUGAAACAUAUGAACAUGCCUUAUUUUCAGAUCCUGACGGUGUGACUAAUGAAAACAAGAGUAACGAAAUGAAAUGAGACUUUACCUGACAAACAAACGUAAAUGCAAAUAGCUAGUGUGAGAAAGUUUUACUCACACGGUUGGGAAGAAGAAAUCCUCAAAAUAAUGGGAAAAAACUUAAAGUAUAAAUGAAAAUUGUUUCCGCGGUGGCGCAUAAGAUUCGUCAAAUAACAUACGGGAUCUUCAUAUUUUCCAUCAUCGCAGAAGUGAUGACCAUCUAGCUUCUCCUUACAGUAUCAAAAUACCUUACAGCAAUCAAGUAGUGAGUGUAAACAGACUCAUCAUAGUAGGUUGUUAUUUCGAUCCUUACUAGGUGUCAAUCCAAAACAAUUUAGCGCAUAAAAUUUCUGAAAUAAAUAAUUAGCCGCUCACCUUUGAAAAAACGAAAAGAUCCCUGGGUAGUUUGGAGACCAAAGCCAAGGAAUUGAUUUAAAUUUUCUCUGUACAGAAAAGAAGAAUGCAAAGAGCGAACGUAAGAUUGAAUAUGAAAGUUAUCGGUUAAAAGUAAUCAUUGUGAACCUAAGAAGGAUGGAACUUGAAUUAAAGCUUGCCCACAAGAUAUUUCAAUAAAUAUUGGAGCUCGCAUAUCUUCAACAAGAGUUUCAUGGUUUAAAUUGCGAUUUGGCUGAUUUUUUAAAACGUUGAAGUUACGAAGUGAGGAACAGGUUGCAUCUCUUUCCAAUAUCAACAUAUUGUUUUGUGAACAAGCGACGAGGAAAAUUCUUAGCUGAGAGUGUUUUCUUAUACAACACCAAAAAUUCUCCAUAUUGACGAAGAACGUAAUGUGAGGGAGCUAGAAGGAAGAAUUGUUGAUAAGAUCAUAAAUUUAAAGGGUUAAGAUUAUGCAGACCAUAAAUACUUUGCCAUUUAUAUUAAAGCGUGAAAAGAAUAAUUAUCUGAAUUUAGUUUUUCGGUAGCCAACCGUGUGAUAAACAAAUAAGCGUUGUUCAGAGUCCUGAUUUGAAUGAUGACACCGAGAGGCGAAAGAAACAAAAAUAAGGGCAAGCAGCUCGUGUGAGAACGAAGUUCUUAGUUUGAUUGGUUGAAAAAAUCACUGUGAAAGUCCGAUACGAGAUUAAAAACUUCAGUUGAUAAUUUCUUGGUCUGAGAUGUAUCGCUAGGACUCUCCUUUUCGCCACACGAUGCAUUAAAAAGCAUUGUAGCGUUUUUUCUCUUUUUUAAGUUAGAAUUCGCUGUUCUUGAAUUUGAUUUCUGCUGCGCCUGAUUUAAGGUGGCAAAAAAAAAAAAAAAGGGGGGAAAGGAAAAGGAUGUAAGCUAUUCUAUUUAUUAUUUUUUAUUUUUCUACUUACCCGUGAACAAGGAAGUGUGUUUUGUUAGGUAUUCUGAUCGUAUGAUGAGGAAGCCGAGAGUAAGAAACUGAAAUGAUGCUUUCCCUGCAAAAAAGAGAAAAAAUGGCAUUAACUAGUGUGAAAAAAUAACAGUUUAAUCGGUAAAACAAAAUAUUGUUUACAAAACCAAAAUCAGAACUACGUCGCUCUCCAACUUCUUACAUGUUUUUCCUUAGAGUAUCAAUAUAUUAUUCAGCCAACAGUUUUGGAGAAUCAAUAAAACUUAUCAGCAGGGCAGUUUUAAAUUGACGCAACGCUUCAUUCUCUCAAACAUUUGUAGCGACAUUUGUUACACUGUGAAAGGAAACUUAGUAUGAUCUUGGAAGGUAUAGGCCUAAAGUUGAGUUCAUCAUUUUAUUUCGCAGACUUUAAACUCAAGUCAAGUUUUUAGCAACAAAUCGUUGCCGAUCUAAGAUUAUCUCGAGAUUUAAAUCAUGUGCCACUGAAUUAUUUUCCCCAAACAUUUCAGUUUUGUAAAGCGGGAAAAGAUUGUUUCUAAAUCUAUUUUGUUACCACUAACCUUCUAAAAAAGGAGCUUGUCUUGUUUAAUAUUCUAGUCGUAUGACUGAUGAAACCAAAGGAAGAAAAUGAAAUAAGAUUUUCUCUGCAAAGCAAAGGUAAAUGCAAAUAGUUAUUGUAGGAAAGACGUCAAAAAUUUGAUAGGUUAAAAAAAAAAAAAGAAUUAUAGAACAGAGAGGGAACAACGGAUACCAGGUGAAAAGAUUAAGUUCUAUCGGUAAAUAGUAAAAAGGCCGUUUAGGAUCCUGAAAAUCCAUCGCUAAUCGAUUUAAAAUAAACAUCUAUCUCAAAUUAAUUUGAGAUGUCGCACUACUGUGCGUUUUGUAUACACUGCAUUACCACGGACCCUGAAAAACGUUAAGCUACUUAGGACGGCCAAGGCAUAAAACGUUAGACGUGACCAAACGGAGAUUUUAGGACAAAAAGAAUCUCUGCUCAUGUGAUGAACAUUUUUUUAUAAAAAAAAUUCAAUUUCGAAUAGCCCUAUUUCACCCAUUUUUUACAUUGGGAACACCAACAAUGGUUUCCGUCUUUCUGAAUCCGGACAUUGUUUUACCGAACACAACAGACCCUGCGCGUAAAACGUGAUGUGUACAUCUAAAAUUUGUAAACUUCUCAAGACGUUUUUGGGGCACAGAUUAGGUGUGUCUAUAGGAUUAGAUUUAAACAGGUGCUUUGAUUAUUAUCAAAACGUUCGAUAGGUAUGAAUGAAACGAAUUUGACUUAACAUGGCAGAAGUACCGAUUUUAAUGCACAAGAAACUUUUUCUCUAUUGGAUAUGAAAAGCAUUUGGUAGCAUACAGGAAAUUUAUUCAGAACGAGCUCCUUCUGUGGCAAUUCAUGAUGCGUCAGUGUAUGAAUGAAUAUAGUAAUAGUCAAUGUAAGAGCAGCUCUGAAUACCAAGGUGUUGAAAUAUGUGUUGGAAAAUUGAUGAGACAUUACAUUCUCGAACUCAUUAAUAAUUCAUGCUGAGAAAACAAAGGAAAUUACAACCGUGAAGGAGGAUUGGAUAUGUGAUCUUAAUUAUCAUAAAAUCUGGUGAACUUUUGCUUUGAUUUUCUCCAAGAAUUAUUAAUGGUUUGAGAAGCUAUAUCAAACAUUCGAAAGGGUGUUUCAUCCGAUAUCCAAACACCUUGAAGUCGGUUAAAAAAAACUCGGCUGCGCCUCGUUUUCUCAACCACUUCUCGGUGUUUGGAUAUCGGAUGAAACACUCUUCCUCGUGUUUGAUAUAUUACUUAACAAAUCAGCGCAUUAAUAAGUAAAUAUCGUACUUACCACGACUCUAACAUUGAACGCUUUGUUGCUUUGUCAAGUGAAGCAGCCAAAUUAAGAAUUAGAGUCAGCAGCGUGUGUCUAUUUAAAGGUUACAGGCUCGUGGUAAACCUCAGUCCACCCCUGAGGGGUCCGAGAGUUUAGUAUUCUGAUCGUAUGACGAGGAAACCGAGAGUAAGAAACUGAAAUAAUGCUUUCCCUACAAAAAAGAGAAGAAAUGACAAUAAUUAGUGUGAAAAGAUAACAGUUUAAUCGGUAAAAUAAAAUAUUGUUUACAAAACCAAAAUCAGAACUACGUCGCUCUCCAACUUCUUACAAGUUUCUUACGUACAGUAUCAAUAUAUUAUUCAGCCAAGAGUUUUGGAGAAUUAAUAAAACUUACUCGCUGGACAGUGAUAAAUUGACUCAACACUUCAUUCUCCAAAACAUUUAUAGCGACAUUUGUAACAUUGUGAAAGGAAACUUAGUAAGAUCGUGGAAGGUAUAGGCCUAAACUUGAGUUCAUCACUUUAUUUCGCAGACUAUGAUAAACUUAAGUCAAGUUUUUAGCAACAAAUUGUUGCCAAUCUAAAAUUAUUUCGAGGUUUAUAUCAUGUGCCAUUGAAUUUUUUUCAAAACAUUUCAGUUUUUUAAAGCGGGAAAAAAUUGUUUCCAAAUUUAUUUUUUUACUACCCACCUUUUAAAAAAGGAGCCUGUCUUGUUUGAUAUUCUAGUCGUAUGACUGAUGAAACCAAAGGAAGAAAAUGAAACAAGAUUUUCUCUGCAAAGCAAAGAUAAAUGCGAAUAGUUAUUGUAAGAAAGACGCGAAAACUUGAUAGGUGAAAAAAAAAGAAGUAUAAAACAGAGAGGGAACAACGAAUACCAGGUGAAAAGAUUAAGUUCGUUCGGUAAAUAGUAAAAAGGCCGUUUAGGAACCUGAAAAUCCAUCGCUUAUUAAUUUAAAUAAACAUCUAUCACAAAUUAAUCUGAGAUGUGGCAGUAUUGUGCCUUUUGUAUACACUCUGUAUUACCACGGACCCUGAAAAACGUUAAGUUACUUAGGACGGCCAAGGCAUAAAACGUUAGACGUGACCAAACGGAGUUUUUAUGACAAAAAGAAUCUCUGCUCUUGGAGGGUUGUCCAAUACACCCAAACCGCUGCGAAUCGUCAAACCGGAAGUAGAUUCGUGGCUAAGUGGUGUUGUGAUACCGGAGAUCUGAGAAACCAUCUCUUACGACACGGAAACGCAUACCGGAACUCAAUUUGCAAGAGACUUAGAAAAUAUUCCGCUAGUGUCUGCGAUAGGGGGUUGAAGAUGUUGUCGAAUCGUGUCGAAUCGUCAGCAUUUGCUACACUGUAUAGUUUAUAAUAUUCAGACGAUAGACUUCCGGUCGUUUCACGCUUUGAGAACGUGGAAGGUUCAUGUUGUCAUGUUCUCGUACCAUGUCACUCAUUUUCACUCAUUGCUCACGUGCGCGCCUCUCGACUUCCGGUAUGUUAACGUAUGAUUCGACAUCCGGUGUGACGAUUCGUCAACGACCGUAGACGAAUCGUAACGGUUUCGGUGUAUUGGACAUGUAUGAACUUCUCAAGACGUUUUUUUAGCACAGAUUAGGCGUGUCUAUUGGAUAAGAUUUACACAGGUGUUUUGAUUGAUAUCCAAACGUUGGAUAGGUACAAAUGAAACGAAUUUGACUCAUCACAGUAGAAGUAUCGAUUUUCAUGCACAAGAGAUUUUCUCUCCAUAGAGUAUGAAAAACGUUUUAUAACUUACGGGUAUUUAUUCAGAAUGACGUCCUUCUAUGGUAAUUCAUGAUGCGUCAGUGUAUGAAUCAACGUAGUGAUGGUAAAUGUAAGAGCAGCUCUGAUUACAAAGGCGUUGGAAUAUGUCUUGGAAAAUUGAUGAGAUGUUACAUUCAUAAAUUAGCGCAUUGACAAUUAAAUAACGUAGUUACCACGACUUUCACUUUGAACGCUUUGUUGCUUUGUAAAGUGAAGCAGCCAAAUUUAGAAUUAGAGUCAGCAGCAUGUGUCUAUUUAAAGGUUAAAGGCGCGUGAUAAAUCUCAGUCCACCCCUGAGGGGUCGGAGAUUGAGUAUGCGUUGCAAGACAAGUCGGGGAGAGGUUUGCGAGGAAUGUGGCGCUAAUUAUCAGUACCAGACCCAGGGUAGACCUCUCGCUGGCUAAUGUGCGGGCGAAGAAACGCGCAUGACCAAAUGCCGAUAAUGAGGAGCUAACUGCAGACUAGCGUAUCCUCUCCCGCAGCAAUUGUUUGGUCCCGUCACGCAGUAGGGAGAGAGCAAGAGAGAGAGCGUUGCGUGACGAGACCAAACAACAGCUGCGAAGGAGGCUACGGUAAGUAUGGCACCAUUGCAGUUUAUUUCUGCUCACAGUUAUUUAGACACCAGUGACAGCAGACCACAAAAUACCUGUGUCUGAGUUUAUUUUAGAUAAAUUUAAAGGGGUUUCUUUUUUCUUCCUCUCCAUUGAACGAUAUUUUCGUAGGAAUCUUUGGAAAGUAACUGCUCUUUUUCGUUUACAGAUACACAAACACCAAUUAGUUAGUUAUUAACCCUAACCAUUAAAAAAAAUACUGCGUUGCAUGCCUAUGUUCUAGCUUAACCCUUGAACUCCCAAGAUCUCAUUAAUAAUUCACUUUACUGUCCGCUCUACAAUUCAUAUGAUGUAAGUUUGGAGAAUUUGGUACUAGAUCAACUGAUAAUCCUCUAAUUGAUAUAUUUCUUUAUUCUCAUCACUUGUCUGCGUGAAGUUAUAUUGAAAUUGUAAGGAGAAAUUCUAUCUUGGUCACUCAUCGGAACUAAAGGGUUAAGCCUUCGUGGGUUUUGACCGCAGGGUUUCGCCGCUUAAAACGUUAAAUUUACUGGUUUAUUUAUAAUGUCAGGAAACUGCGGUAAUCCAUUUAUAGGUUUCUUGAUCAAUAAAAGAAAUACUUUGUGAUUUUCUCGUCGCGUGGAGCUUGACCAGACUUGAAUUCAGCUCAGUUUUGUUGUCUUUAUUUUCAGGUUUGGUCAAUACUUAGUCUCUACUUUACCAGCGCAUCCCUCGAACGAAAACGAAUUGAAACUGGAUUUGGGUUCAUCGUCUGAAGCUACUACUACUGAAGGGGAGGAGGGAGAGGAGAUUUUGUCACCGCGACGCAUCUGCUUACGAAAUGUGAUGCUUGAGCUGAUUCUGUGCUUGAUCUACGCUGAAGGAGGUGAACUGGAUCACAGGUAAGUCGAGGAAAAUUGCCAUUUUUUUUUCUUCUGAAUUUUUGAUUAAAGUGAUAUCGAUUUAGUAAAUUAACUUGAAGGAGACCAAAAGAUAUUAGUGUGAUACGAAGGAGUAGGAAUGGCCGAGGAUGGAGGAGACUUGCUCGGAUUGCUAAACUAAACUAAAAAAUGAGCGAUGAAUAAAGGAGGUAAGUCUCUAAAGAAACUGUGGUGCUGCGUCGGUGGGAGAGUAUAGCAGGUAAUUUAGUGUCAACAACUGAGUUGAAAACGUAAAUUGACCACCGUAAAGAGUAAAAAAGCUGACGUUUCGUUUUAACGCUCGAAACGUCAGCUUUUUUACUCUUUACGGUGGUCAAUUUACGUUUUCAACUCAGUUGUUGACACUAAAUUACCUGCUAAAAAAAUGAGCGGCCAAUUUUGUCAAGAUGUAUGAAUAUAGGCCCCAAAACCAGCCGUUGUUUGGGAAGUGAGCCUACACUCCUCGUUUGGAAACCGAACCUGAGAAGUCGGCUCAAAUCGCUCCUAAACAAACUCUUAUUCAUCGUUGAAUUUUGUGUUUUGUUAAUAUAUUGUAUGCUUUAUAGUUUCGCUGACGCCGUUCAGGAGACUCUUGGAUUUGAUUGGCUCCUGCUCUUCAUACAAGCCCAUCUUCAUAAAACCACAGUAGUGCGUGCCACUCGCAUACUCGUCACCAUGCUCAGCAGCGUGCCAGCACUCAACAGGUUCCGAGAGGGACUGGGUAGUGGAAGCUGGUUAGAUGGUACUGAAAUCAUGUUAAACAAGACAACUUAUGUCGUAGCAGGUAUGAGCUGAUUUAUUCUGUGAGAGCAGUAACACUUAGAGUCUUGCAAGUGAAUGAUACGGUGGUCUAGUUGUCAGCGCGCUACCAAGAUAAAUUUUCCAAGUCUAACCCUGACUGACUGGCAGUCCCCUGUAAGAGUCACAGCUCCCUGCUGGAUAUUACCAGCUGGUGAAAUUUAUUAUCCUUCAGCUUCACUUCCCGUUUGCUGACAUCCAAACUUAUCAAACCAAUUACGGUUUGCCUUUCUUUUUUUCCCUAAUUUACUUUCCACUAAUUUUUAGUUUAUUUGUUUGUUUAUUUGUUUGUUUAUUUGUUUUUGUUUGUUUGUUUGUUUGUUGUUUCUUUUUCGCAGGUUUCAAUGUAGGUUCUGUGGCUGAUAACAGACAAAAGUAUCAGAUCAACAGGGAGGUGUGUAAUAUCCCAGGAUUCUUAAUGCUGGAAAAGCUUCUGCCGAAACAUAUUGAUAUUCCUGAGAUUUAUCACCUGGUAAUUGCUCUUCUGCUUGGGCACCCUGUGUCUGGUGAGUAAUAAGGAGACACAGACAAAUAAUUUUGAAUUUGGUUUUAUCGUCUGAGUUGAUAAUGUAAAGUGGCCACUGUGAAGAAUUUCUAAAUUUGAUGUUGUGAACGUUAGCCCGUCGUCAGAGCGAAACUCUUUUUGGUGCACAAUUUACAAUAUCAACUCAGUUGAUAUAACCACACUACCUUGUAAUACCUCUACCGAAGUAGCACCACAGUUUCUUUAGAAAAUAGCUCUCCUUAAAUGAUUUUAUAUUCUGUCCUGUCCUGCUGGUAAAUUAGCCAACUUGAAGGGAAACAACUCAACAACUAACACAGGUGAUUGCUCUUUUAACCCUUCAACUACCAAGAGUGACUAGCAUCUAAUUUCUCCUUACAAUAUCAUCCCAUAUUUAAACAUUAAGGUCACAAGAAUUGAGGAAAUGAUCACCAACUGAAGAAGCUCUUGAUUGUUAAACAAAUUCUCCUUGUCAGCACCUUAGGAAAUGUAUAGAGAACAGUAUGAGAAUGUGCAUACUGAUGUUAGGGUGUAAAGGGUUAAGAUCGCGAGAAUAAAGGAAAUGAUCACCAACCGAAGAAGCUUUGGAUCAUGAAACAAAUUCUCCUUGUCAAUAACGUAGGGAAUGUAAACAGAACAGUGGGGAGAAUAUGUUUACUGAUUUUAGGGUGUGAAGUUGACUCAAGAACUGUUUUUUGUCAGAUGUGUAUUCAGGUGCGCAGUUUGACUGGGACAGUUUGUACUCUGUGUUCUGGUCAAGGUCAGACUCAGGAGUCAAACUCCCCACCCCCAGUCCCCAGGAGCCUAGUUCGUACAACAUCUACUGCCCCGAAGCUGCGCAUGUGCUGCUGGCAAUGGCGCACAUUAUGGUUAACGAGGUGAGUGAAACUUCAAAGGUGUUGUAACGCCGAUUUUCACUUAAGCAUCGCAAGUUCGGCACAGCAUAUCCUUUAGUAACGUUAUCCAUCUUAAGCAAACGGUGAAGUAUAUCACGUGCUCCGAUUGAUUCUAAAAUCUUGCGCCGCCCUCUAGUGAUCAGGACGGCAACACCGCGGAAGACGUCGCUUGAAAAAGUAAUUUAUAUUUUUGACUAGAACAUGGAAAAUUGCUGGAUAUGUUGACCGCCCCUUAGGGCACCAUACCUCAACUUUAACAUAACGUAUGUAAACAGCGUUUAGUUCCAAAUACGAACUCAAAUAACAUGUCAUCAGGGUCAUUGGUGAUUUCACGUUGUUGUUUUGCAGAGGGCGGCUAAGAAAUGUAAAAAGUUUUAAAACAUUCGAGCAAAGCUGUUCAUUAGAUGUUUUGUAUCACCACCAAAUAGGAUGUUUUUUUUUUCUUUUUAGAUAGGAAUAAGGGACCUUAUUCCUAUCUAAAAAGGCGUGAGCUUAAUUGGGAACCUUGAAGCCCCCUAAACCUAACUCUAAGCUAACGCUGACCCAAGGAUUGACUCCGUUUGUUGUGUCCCAACUAAGCACAGUCAAAUUGCGUGUUGAUCGAAAUGAAGUAUGCUUUCAUCAGAAGAGGAACAUUCUGUUGUCAGGAAACGAGUUGAAAAUUUUUAGGGCAAACUUGUUUGAUUUGAUGGAGCAAACUCGUGGUGAUGCUAGCGAACUAAUGGGAGGCGAACUCUCAUUGGGGUUAAACCUUCAAAUACCUACAUGAAGUUUUCCAUUCACAGCCGUGGCAAGAUACAGAGGAGAUUUCCUGGCUCAGAGAAUAUCCAGUGACGCUGAUACAGUUCCUAAGUUUCUUGUACCGAAACAUCUCCAGCUUCGCUACCGUGUGUACCUCACCAGAAUUCCUUGAGAAGCUUGUCGCUGUUUUGUUUCCCAAGAGAAGAAACUUGCUGAAACUUCAAGAGGUAUCGAGAUGGGAAUGGAAACUUAUCGUUUCAUUCGUAUUUUUACUCCUUUGAUUUGAUUAACGUUCAAAUAAUUCAGCCAUAUUAUUGUCCAGUCAGAACAAUUUUCAACUAAGGGACUUAAGUAAUCUGGGAGUGCUUUAUUUUUGUUUUUCCUCGCUCUGUGAUUGGUCUAGAAAACUCGCGCCAUCCUCUCAACCAAUCAGAAUAUAACACGAAUACUGCGUCACCCACGUUUUCCCGCGCUUUUGGGAGUUUGCCUAUUUUUACUGUGAGUACACAUUGGCUAAUGAUAAUAUUUCCUUUAUGACUGGCCACAGUGAUAACACUGGUUUCGGUUUUUUUGAAAGUAAAUUAAUCACUGCUCUAUAACACAAAAUUUUAGCACGGAAGAAAGGAGCAUGAUUAUGAUAUAGUUUCUGAGUCUUAGGAAUUGUUGUGUUUCUUUCAUCCAGCUUGGAUCAGACAGUGAGAAUGAGGGGGAACCUGGAGCAGAAACUGAGCCUGUCUUCUCGUCCCAGACCCUCCUGAUCUCUCACCUAGCGAGGAAAUGUGUGUUCGAGUUCCUCAGGGUGAUUAUGACUGAUUCCCUCACUUUAAACUCAUCUGCUAAGAGUCUGGGUGUCAUUGACACCAUCUUAGAGGUAAGCAGAAAUCUUACCUCUUUGAAACUAUUGGGAAAAGCACGAAGUGAAACAAUUUUUCCUAAAUUCAUGAUACAUAAUCAUCAAUUAUCAUGCAUUUGAAUCAAUUAUCAUAGAUUAUAAUAAGGUGUCGAAGAAUUUUGUUGUUUUAUGCUUUAUUUCAAAAUGUCAUACAUUAUCAUUUUCCAUGUAAUGUCAUAAAUUACCAGUAUUUGCUUAGCAUGCAUAAUCUAUGAUAAAAUUUAUCAUAUAUUAUCAUAGUAAUGUUUAUCACCUGCAUAUUAAUGUUUUUAUUACGCACAUCACAGUGUUAUCCAGUCAAGUGUUCCCAGCCACAGCAAGCAGAAUUCCAAACAGAAGCCCUUUGUGUUCAGAUUGAGUAUUUUCUUGGAGGAAAUCUACUCACUAACCCAUCAGCAGGGUGUGGCAAUCAUGCCAAGAUUGUGGCAAAUGCUUUCUUUUUUGCUUCCAAAGUUGUGGAUAAGCUCUGGAUUGGUAAGUUUGACAGCUUUUUUUUUUACUCGUUUUCUUGAGUUUCUAGCAGGUAAGGAAACAGAAGCAAAAUUCUAGCAUACGAAACCCCAGGGGAAACAGCCGUCGAUAAAGGUGUAAUAUUGUUUCUCAAGAGGAAUGCGAAAAAACUUAUCUCUUCGCCCUCUUCCGCUGGAAUAAAAAUAAUCCACUCGCCAUCUCCCAUCUCCUGGAGCAGAGUGGUCGAUCUAGGGAUCUUUUUUCAUCAAAGUUACUAUUUGUUAACGUUUGAAUUUGAAUCUGAAUCAUACAACUUUCCAAAAAUUUAGAUAAGGAAAUAUGCUUUUUUCAUUUUUCAGGCAAUUUCGUUCACGGGUACAAGACGGUUUUUAACUUCAUCACCAGCAUGAUUGAAGCAGUUAAAGGUAACACCAUAUUACGGGAACUUCAAUUAUAUUUCUCGUGAAUAUAUGAUACAUCUCCUUGAUUAUACAGGCCGUGUUCCACCCAUAUCAGUCUGCUGACAUGACAAACUUUCCUACGUAUAGAAAUAUCUUAGCUGUGAUAAUUUUGUAGUUUACCCGCGUCCACGCGAAGGAAAUCGUUUCAAGGCGGGUACAUUUUGAAAGAGCUGUCCCUGUUUGCAUUGGCGCAAGAUGUGGGUUGUCUGUUUAGCUGGCAGAAAAGAAAUCUAAACGAGGCUUUUCUAUAGAAGAAGCUUCUGUCUUAGAUUUAAUGAAAUGUCAUUGAACUACUUGAUACUAAGCUGAAGCAUCAGUGAUUUGUAUUCAUAAAUAGAUCUGGCAAACUGAGACAAGUUUUGUUUUUCUGUUUCUUUAUUUUCUUUUUUUUUCCAGGUCAGUCAGUAUCGAUGGAUAGUGUGUACCACUCUCUCAACAGAACUAUCUUAUACCAGCUCUCCAGGCCGCUUGCUCGGCUCACAGGUGAGGAAGGGUUAGCAACUAUCAUGAAAUAUUGCGCGCGUAUUGAAGGCGCACAUUUUGCAUGCUUGAACGUGAGCGAGGAAACCUGGGUUGAGUGCACGAAAUUGAGGCUUGAGUGCGUGUUAACCUGCCGUUUUUACACUGUCCAAUCGUACAGUGAAAAACUUGACAUACGCAAUGUUCCUUGAGUUUCGGGUUGUUAACGGUGUUGUGUUAUCUCGUCAUUUCUUCAGACCAAACCAGUCUUCUGGAGUUUCUCCAUAUCCUGACUACGAACCACAAGCUGGUGUUUGCAUCUGUCAACAACGAGCCGAACUUUAUUGCUGGUCUGUGCCACUGGCUCCUUGUCAUGGGAACGCACAAAUCUCUAGCAGUGAGCGAGAACAACAGUCCUAGCCUGGGAAAAAAGUCGGAAGGUAAGCAACUCAGCGGUCAUAUUUCGGACAAAUCUUUUUUCCAGUCACUAAAAACAUAUGCUUGACCUUUAAAAUGGAAACUACGGAAUAUUACUCUCGUAUCUUUUUGUUUAUUAUGAUGGACAACUAGUUUUAAUCUUGGUUUCCUUUCCUCUUUUCAUGUGCAGCCUUAGUCGGCAGCCUUGAUGUUGGUGAAGAGAUGACCGAAGUGGUCGGUGCAGAUCACGUGUCCGAACAAGAAGAGUCAAGCUGUACCAGGCUUCUUGCUGCUGCGGCCGAGAGGGUCUGGGACAUAUUUGUUCAGAAUAAAAGAGAGGUGAGUAUUUUAAGGAAAUGAUUGUUUCCAUGAAAGUUUUUGACAGUUACUUCUGUCAUUUUCAGGUGAUUUAAUUUCUGUGUGACGCUUUUGUCUUUUUUCUCUUUCUCAGGCUAUGGUAGCAGCUCUCAGUGUUGAAAUCCCAAAGCCAAGUUUCAAGUCCUACAGUAGCAGCAGAGAUUAUUAUGUAGAACACAUGUAAGAUUCAUGAAUCUGCUUUUCGUCUUUGUUUUCCGUAAUCUACAAUUUGUUAUUUCCUUGAGUAGUCAAAGCACUCAGAGAGUUGUUAGUUGGAAUCUUACAGACGCCAGAGCUUAUCGUUGAGUCCGUUGCAUGAAAUGACGUAGAGGUACUGCAGCCCUCACCCACCCCACCCUGGAUGGGAUGCUAGUCAACCCCACUCCCUAGGAUUUCGUCAGCUUUCCCUGAGAGUUCGCCGGUAUCAGUUUAUACUCCUGGGUGGAGAGAGGCAUGGGGAGAGUAAAGUGUCUUGCCAAAGAACACAGCGCAAUGGCCCGGUUAGGUCUUGAACCCAGACCUCUCGACCUGGAGUUCUGCGCGGAACAUCAGUCUUUCGCGUGGCCCAAUCCUAAAAACUGUUGUGGUUAGCGUGGAUAUCAUGGUAUUUUAUCGCAGUUUAUUUCAGUCUGAUUUCUAAUACUUACGCUCUUUAGGCCAAUUGGAGGAACAACGAACUUAAAUCUGGAUCUAAAAUCUGUUAGGUAAGAUGUUUUUCUUUCUCGGUUGAUCAUUAACUCUUUGCGGCGCUGCUAACCAAACCAAAUGAGACCUUUUUUUUCUGUUUUGUUUCAGGCCGCUGAUUGGUGAACAGGCUCUUAAAAUGUGGAUGAUUUACAUCUCGCAGGAAGAAAAACUCAAAGCUGAGACUUUAGGACAACCGGUACGGUCAAGCUGGAUAAGAUUUUUAUUUCUCCUUUCAAUAUCACCCCUGCAUCGCGCACUAAGGUCAAGAGAUUGAGAAAAUUAUCACCAACGAAAGAAGCCCUUGAUUGUUAAACAAAUUAUCCUUGCCUUUUGCCAUCUUCUUGUUCUUCCUCUACAUCCUGAGGGAUAAAGGAAUCUUAUUGACCGAGUUCGAGGUCCAUACUGUAAGUUAUGGAUUGAGUUUUAUCCACUCAGAUUUAUGGCCCAAGCACGAAGAGCGCAGGCCAUAACUCCGAGCGGAAAAAAGAGAUUCUGUAACUAACAGUACGGACCAAGAAAACGAGGUUAGUAAGAUACUUAUUUCAACUCUGGGUUCAAAUAGAGGAGGAAAAUUUUAAUCAAAGCAAACCUUUUUAAAUUAGCAGGCCGUACAGUGAGAUAUGCCCCGCCAAAUUGAUUAAUUUUAGUGCACGUAAUAACUGAGAGAUACGAUAAUAACGUUGAACAUGGAAUAUUCUCUCAAUACUCAAUGUUGCACAAGGACGAAGAAAAUCUCCGCGAUAAGAGAUGGGAAAUUGUUCAGGAGAGAGAGUGGAGGAUAUUAAACGAGGGGUUCAAGUUGUCCAACAUGAUAAGAUUAAUUCAUUAUUGUUUCACUUUUUUGAAGAAACCGAACGCUAAGGGACGAAGCGGACCCUCGCUUCGAAUGCUCAGCACGAAGAAAACCAGGAAGGAGAACAAAGAUCCGAAAACUUUACUAUGCGAAUCACACCUGUGGAGAAUGAAGCACACAAAAGUGGUGCGAGAUCUCGUCAGACUUCAUCACAAAAAUCACCUGCAGGUACAGAGAGGUUUUCUGUUUAAAAAAUAGAUUCGAUGUUCAGUGAACAAUCACAGAUGGCGUCAGAAUGUUGUUAGAACAAAAAGGUGGCACAUCCGGGUGAAUUACUGAUGAUUUUACCACAUACUGACGUCUUCUGUGAGUUGUUACUACGGCGAAAUGUGAUUUAAAAAGACGAUAACUGUUAAUGGUGACGUCAUUUAUGCAUUUGGUCCCCAAUAGAUCAUACGUGGGAACCAAUCAAAACGCUCGUAAGAUUCAUCGUAUUUAUCACGAUUUGAACACCUUCACUCCUAAUACUGACCAGCAUCUAAUUUCUCCCUAAAAAAUUACCCCUGAAUCUCACAUUGACGUCAUGAGAAUAACAGAAAUGAUCCUCAACUAAAGAACCUCUUAAUUGUUAAACACAUUCUCCCUUUUAGCACCUUAGGAAAUUUAUAGAGAACAGUAUGGAGAAUAUGCAUAAUGAUGUUUGGGUGUAGAGGAUUAAAUCACUAACAAUUUUAGAGUCGAGCUAUCAAUGAAGGAUCUUGACGUUUUGACUUCUAUGCAGCUGUUCCUAGUCGAGCGAAGACUGGCACGAUGGCCAGCUUGCAUCCUGCUUCCGUUAUAUUUGCAAAUGUGCUUUUUCUUUCAGAAUUAUCAGCUGAUUUCUAAAUCAGUGGCGGAGGAAUGGGCCCUAAUGGAAACUGACCUGACACGCGAGCGAGGCUUGUGGGGUCCGGCCAGCAGUUCACAGCUUGACAAGUGGGCGCUGGACAUGGUGGAAGGUAACAGUGUUCAUAAGAUAAUUUCUCCUCAUGGUAUUCAGGUUUUAUUUAACAGAUAUGUGUUGAGAUUACAGUAAAUUAUCGGUAGAGCUGGUUAGACUUAAACAUGGCGUCCUAUUAAUAUUUUUUGUUAAAUUCGAGAUAUCGACUUCUCUUGUCAAGACAUAGAGAAAUAUUAUUCCUCAUGUUGGACAUAGAUGGUUCUCCAAAAAUUUGUGACUUAAAGUGAAGUUCGCUCUUCUUGCGUUCACACAUAUCCAAUCUCAGUGAUGCUCCUAAUCUCAGGAUUCCGGAAUUAACCUCUACAGCGUUUACGUCACUAACAGACAUUACAUCAGCAUCAUCCUUCCGAUGAAAGAGCUCAUUGCUUGCUCUUAAUUCUGGCGAGAGCACAAAUGAAAUGAGAACUAGUUACACGAAUACAUAAAGAAACACCAACACAGGCGAACUAAAUUGCGCUAUGAGGAUAUUACAGUUUUCCUUCGCUGUCUCUGUUUUGAUUGUUUCUUUGUGUUACGUGUUAUCAGGACCACAUCGAAUGAGGAAGAAAAUGCAUCGUAAUGACAAGUUUUAUCUGCAUUACCCAUAUGACAAGAAGGUGGCAAAGCAAGCCAGAGAGGUUAGUAAAUGUAAAAGGAAUAAUUUGUUGUAUUAUUUUCACUGACAAACAUAGUGUGGCUCUGAAAAAUGAGUCAAUUUUUUUCUUUUGCACUGCCAAUGCAUUCUUCGUGCGAUUUGAAACAAUUACAGUGCAACCAUCUCAAAAGUGAUUGGCUUUAUUAUAAAACUGGUAUAGGGAAAAAAAUUUUCACGUUACAAUCAAGAAUUAACGUGGCCCAAAUGGUGUUUUCUGAGAAUUUCAACUUAGUGCAACUCAUUUUAUUGGAGAAAUGACAGUCGUGAAUCGUUCAAGCAUAUUUUCAUACAUUACGAAUAUAAGUAAUGUUGUCAGAUUUAUGAUUACACCUCAAGGAACACAUUAUUAGUCUGAUUGCAAAACUAUGGGUGAAUUUUUGUGGUGCUGCCAUGAGUUCCCUUUUAAGUGUUAUACUGAAAGGUUUUUAUUUUCAACUGUGGCCGGAGAAGGAUCUAUUUGCAAGAUUCAAAAUAGGACGUCUCUUUGAUUUUUUCCCUUCAGAGGUCUCUAAAACACCGAGCGCCCAUAAGUCGCGACAGCAAGAUCCAUUACAAGCUGAGAGGACAUGUCAUAAGAGGGCUGGGACCAAUUGAAGCCCUCACACAGCAUCAAGGUGAGCAGCGGUUGCGAUCACUUACUGCACUGUUGUGUAAGAUUUGUCCAAUUCUGAGAAAAUUCUCUAUGGAUUCGUUGUGAUUUUUUUUUCCUCCUGUUUGUGUAGUAGUUACUGAAAGAGAUGAGAAAAGGGUCACCACUUUGCGGACGAUCUCGUCAGAACCGAGCCACAUCACAGAAGAAAAUGAAGGAAGCGAGGUGGGAAAAAAAGAGCAUUAGUACAGAAAAACAUGCCCCCUGCGGUUCGAGCCCCAGACCUCCCUCGAGUAACCCUGGCCGAGCUAAGUUUUCACUUAUUUCUUUGAAAAAAUUCAACUAACCGUUUACAUGAAAUGGCGAACUCGUCUUGGGGAGAGAGAUAGGGGGUUUGGGGGGGCGGACGGGGCGAUGCAGCUCGUUAGAAUAAGUUGUCUUGCCUCGGUAGAUAGGAUAACCCUGUUAAGUAGGACACCUUUUUUUCAUGUAAACACUUCGGCUCUCCUACCCGAGACGAGGUGGCCGAAACUGUGUUUGGAGCCCGUGUGUUUUAGGUCAGCGGAGAGACUAGUGGAGGGACAGCUGUCACAACUGGUAACUUCAUAUAACGCUCCGUAAAGUUGUCUCGAAAGGGAAAGUUGUCUCGAGGGGGAGAGUUGUCCCUGGUACUCAAGACCAAAUGAAUAGGGUCUAAAUCGUCAGUUUAAAUUUCUAGCUUGCAGAUGCUUAAUAAAUUUCUUUGUUUCUCUUACAGGUGGACAACAAUCAAACAAUUGUCAAACUCCUUGAGGCCGGAGAAACGGUACAACAUAGUGAUAGUAUUUUGGAUCAACGUCAGGAUCUGAACCACUGCGCACCUACUCCUCCCAUAACCCAACAAUAGUUAACUGAUGACAGGUCUGGGAUAAUGUUGUGUUAGGGGAUGGGUAGUUGCGCAGUUUCCCCAGAUACUGACAUGGUCCGUUUUUUGUUUGUUUGUUUUUUUUCUGUUUUUCUGUUUUUUGUUUUUUUGUACUGAACGUUAGUACAAUUUUAUUGUUUCGAAAAGUUUCUUCCAGGUCCCGGUUGUUCGAAGAUCGGAUAACGCUAUCCACUGGAUAAACCUCUAUCUGGUGGAUAACGCUAUACGUUUUGCCAUCACUUAUCUGCUGGAUAGCGAUUUAUCCGUUGGAUAGUGUUAUCCGGCCUUAUACAACUGGGCCCAGGUGGAUAACUUUGUCAAUCCUUUGAAGACUUGGCUUCAGAACGAAACUGGAAUUAUAUCGCAAUUUCUCUCAUUUCCAAAGAUCCAUGACAACUUUUGUGGUGGUCAUUUCUUUAAACAACCAUCAAGCUAUUCAGAAUUUUAGUUCGCUUUUGCUACAAUUACUUAAUGGAUCUUUUUUUUUCAAUGCGUCAGAUUACCUCCAUGUUCCGAUGUGCUACGAUCCAGGGCAUGGACACUGCAGAAGGACUGUUCCUAUUUGGAAAAGAACAUUUCUAUGUAGUAGACGGUGUGACGUUACUAUCCACUAAAGAGAUCAAGGAUAUUGACUCGCUACCACAAGGGUAAGCCGGUAAAAUGGUUCUAAGAGUCACCUCGCACUGUGUUCUGAUAUCCUUUUUAUUCCAAGUCGUUGGGUUUCCGGCUGGUUAUGAGUGUCGAUCAAAGAAAAAUUUUGCAAUGUUUCAAAGCUGGGAUAGGAAUGCUCUUCAGAGUCUCGUUUAAAAGUAUUAAAAGUGUUCUAAAAAGAGGCUUUAAGUCUCCGAUUACGUAGAAAACUUUCCAGUAUGUGAUUUGAGGUAUUAACUUGUUCUGAGUUAGGUGCCGCGGAAGGGGAACGAGUGACGAAUAUAUUUUGGAAGAGAUUUGUGUGUUCUUUCCAACUUCAUUUAAACUUUUGAUGAAGUCGUCCUAAAACAACGUUAAUCUAACCACCAGCACCGCCAUGAGAUUGACGUUUUCAACCACAACAUUAUGUAAGAAUCACUAACACGUCCCUCGUUAUUUUAGGACACACGAUCCCAUCAUUCCAAACUCCUCUCAUGACAAGCAUCGAUCGAGCACCAAAGAACGAAUGUAAGUUGAAAAAAAUUCUUGCUUUUUUUCCUCUCUAAUAGACUACGAUAGCUUAAUUUAAUAUGUAUUUGAAAUCACAUCCUUCGAUUGUGGUUUCCUUGCUUGCCCCAGUAUCUACAAACCAGACAAGAACUGUGUUGUCGUGUCUCCUUGUAGGUGCAGCAAGUGGGCUUAUGGAGACAUCCGAGAGGUCCACAAAAGGCGCUAUCUUUUCCAGGUAUGUUUUCUUUGUUUUGCAGCGAAUAUGUGGUACAAGAAACUUCAGAUUCUUAGAAGACUUCGUUGGUUUUCCAUACCUUUCGUUUAAUGAAGCACAUUAAUAAGAAUUUUCUUUUCAUUAUUUUUUUUUUCAUUUCAGGAGACAGCUCUGGAAGUAUUUUCCAGUGACGGACGGAAUCACUUUCUUGUUUUCCCCAAACCUGUGAGAAGUAAAGUUUACGAUAAGUAAGUAAUGGUAUUUUGUUCUUGUUAUCCACAAACCCCUGCCAAUUUCUACUCGCAUAAUGCGUGACACUCUUGCUCAAUUCCACUACUCUAGCGUGACGCUUGUACGUGACAACUUCACGCAUUAUUCUCUGGGGUAUGACAUUUGCGCUUGACUUGCAUGACCGAUUGACUGAUUAUUUUUUAUCCAGACUCGUGGCCAAAGCAUCAACUCUCCGUGAGAACGCCGAGGAGUCGGUUGUGGGUAUGAAAAGAGACACAGAUGUAGAGGCUGGGUGAGUUCAAAUUUGAAACUCUCCUUAGUUGGUUACUUGCGUGCCAGUAAGGACAGUAGAGAGAAACUGACAUAGGAAUCAUGUUGACCUUGUUUUACUUCUCUUUUCCAACAGGCUGGGUCUCAUUCACACAUUAAUGGGUGAAAGGUCCGUCACGCAGAGAUGGGAGGUAAGCGCCAGCAGUCUUUCCCUGCCCAGUCCAUCGUGCAACUUAGGAGUAACCGCGAAAAAAGCGUUGAGUGAUUUUUUUUUUUUCGUUGAUUACUUCUGAGUCAUGCGACGAGCUGUACUAUUGCCCCUAGUUUUAAAAAAUAUUUUUAGGAAGUAAAUUAGCCUGUUAGGGAAAGGGUGUAGAAAGAGCGUGGUGGUCCAAUGGUCAGCGCGCUUAGUUGAUAGGUCUGAGUUCGAGACCCGGCCGUGUUAUUGUGUUGUUUAUCUGGAUCAAAGCUAAGAUUCUCCUAUUGCCUCUCUCUCCCCACCCAGGAGCGUAAAAUUGUACCAGCGAACUGCUAGGGAAACCUGACGAAAUGCUGGGGGUGAGGGGUGGGGAGUAACUUGUGAUAAACCAGCGUCCCACGUAGGGAAGAGGAGAGCAAUGCCUUCUGUCACUUUGUUCAGCGGAAAGCGGCAUUAUGUCUUGCACUAUGCGCCAUUUAGCUCCCUUCGAUAAUUGUAAUAGCUCCAAGAAGAAAUUUCUGUUAUCAAUUAAAAAUUGUUCUUGUUUAUGUCUUUGUCAUCAGCGUGGUGAAAUAACCAACUUCCAGUACCUGAUGCACCUCAAUACCUUGGCCGGCCGCUCGUAUAAUGAUCUGAUGCAAUAUCCCGUCUUCCCUUGGGUGCUUGCUGAUUACGACUCAGAGGUAAAGAUAGACACUUUGUAGUUUGAAUAUCCGCAAGGAUCUGGUGUUGAAUUUAGGCUGUUGCUCCUUUUCAUCAGUCAAACAAGGACGCGUUAGGAACUGGGAGCUACAUUUCCACUUUCCAUGUUUGAACGCGAGUCAAAAAAUUGGGUCAAGUCGAGGCUUAUCGGUAAAUUUCAUUCGCUAAAUAGAUUAAAAAAUAACCACACGAAGUUUUCUUUCGUGGUUUAAUUUGUUCCAUUUGGCUAUCCUCUGUGUUCAUGAAGCCCCUUCCAGAGACGUUUCCCUGUUGUGCAAUGGUAUUUGGAAAAAAAAUAAACAGCAAUUUCCCAUCACAAGAUUUCUUCCAAUGCGUUUCCUCGCUCGCCACACACAUAUCUUAUGUCCCAAGAAACCUAAGAGAUGUCUAGCAGUGUGAUCUAUCCUUGAGUGUGAAUUCUACAGUUGUAUGUAUUUUGCCCUAUGUUGUUUUUGCCUGAUCACUAAACUUAGAUUGGAAUUCUUUAUUUAUUCUGUAUUCCUACAGGAGCUGGAUCUUAACAACCCCAAGACUUUCCGCGUCUUCUCCAAGCCAAUGGGAGCCCAGUCUAAGGAUAGACUGAUGCAGUUCCAGAAGAAGUACAGAGAGUGGGAAGAUCCUACGGGUAAAUACAUCUUGCAACAAUUUUGGCUUGUUUUCUGCCUAAGCCUACAAUGCCAGUAUUCAAAUGAGGAAACUCGCGAAGUACUAUCUCCAGAUUCUAAAGAUGUAGUCUCAUGCUCAAAUUAGAUCUUAAAUUAGAUCUCCCCUCUCUUCGUUUCCAGUUUUACGCACGUAGUGAAGGCCACUUUUCUGUUUGGAUGUUAGUUGAGAAUACACGUCCUAUUUUCUCACAAUAAAAAAUAACCGCGAGCGAAGGCGUAUUUGUAGUCUCACCUAAUCCGCCAAAAGGUAUGAACUGACUGAAUACGCAGGAAACUACUUUCAACCAAUAGUCAGUCCUCCCAGCUCGUAUAGCUUCUUGUGACGUACAGCCUGAGUGUUGAAUAUAGCCAUGUUGCCUUAACACAUUUCAAGCAUACCAGCAGUAAUCCUGCUGAUUGUGUUUUUAUAGGUGAGAUUCCGCCGUAUCAUUAUGGGACACACUACUCGUCGACUAUGAUAGUGGCGUCCUACCUUAUCAGACUUGAGCCGUUUACACAGCAUUUUCUCAGAGUUCAGGUAAUGGUCUUUACUUGCCUUUUUUCCAUACCUGUAAUUUGACAGUGAGAACAGCCAUCCUUAUAAGCUUUGUAGGAUAAUGAAUCAUGCGGUUUGUAUUUUUAAUACAUUUUUAUAAACAUUUAUGUUGAUUCUUUUUAUGAGUGAGCACGGCACCAUUGCAAAAGCAACAGCCAAUCAUUUGAAUCUUAAACAACACAGUGGGCCAAUCAGAUCUUAAGCAAAUUCCUUAGCUUUUUCAAAGUGUUUAAACCAAAGUACCUCGAGGAAAUGAGCGACACUCGACCAAAAGCCGUUUCUUUUUCACCUGUUUCAAAUCACUAGGUGAUCUUUUAUUUUCUGUUCAAUAUAUCUAAUCUUUAUUUUUCUUCAUCUUCCCAGGGAAAUUUUGACCUUCCUGACCGUUUGUUUCACUCGAUCAGAGACGCAUGGAUCUCCGCAGCGAAAACCAACAUGGCGGACGUCAAGGAGCUGAUUCCCGAGUUCUUCUAUCUCCCAGAAUUCCUGACAAACCACAACAAGUUCGAACUGGGAACCAAGCAAAACGGCGAAGUCCUAGGUGAUGUUUGUCUGCCAACAUGGGCUAAGGGUGAUCCGCGGGAAUUUAUCCGGCUUCAUAGAAAGGUAUGAUCAAGUGGUAAACUUGUCCUAGGUGACCAAAUGAAACGCCAGGACGCUCUCGGUUUUGUUGUCUGCGUUGGCAGUUUAGGCGGGAGUUAAACACAUGUUUGUCCGUAGUGUUAUGUUUGACGGAGAAUUUUAAGAGCACUACUCUGCAGUGUUAGUUUUGGUGGGAAUUCAACACGCGUUUGACGGUGAUGCAGGUUGUGGCGGAGGUUUCACGCGCGUUUGUCAGUGAUAACAGUUUCAGCGGGAAUUUAACAUGUCUGACCAUGUUGUUAGUGUUUACAAUAAUUUUCCGUGCGCUACUCAGUGGUGGCACUUUUGGCGGGAAUUCAACACGCAUUUGUUGCUGUUACAGGUUUUGGCGGGAGUUGCAAACGCGUUCGUCAACUAUAAAAACUUUGGCGGGAAUUUAGCACGCGUUUGUCCGCUGUGAAGAUGUAACGUGGCUCACAUGCUAUGUGUUUCGUUUCCAGGCUCUUGAGUGUGAUUACGUCAGUGCUCAUCUCCACGAGUGGAUUGAUUUGAUCUUUGGAUACAAACAGCAGGGUCCUGCCGCUGUUGAAGCCAACAAUGUGUUCUACUUCUAUUAUUACGAGAGCAAUGUUGAUAUCCUUUACACUGACUUCACUUUCGUUUAAGUUUUAAUCUCUUAACGUGUUCUUGUGUAUCAUGAAAUUGAUGUCUGAAUCGUUUUUACUGGUUUUAUGCGCUUUUUUGUCCUUAAUUACGUUCAGAUUUCCAUCGCAUUGAUGAUCCAAUCAAGAGAAAAUCAAUCAUUAGUAUGAUCGACAACUUUGGACAAACUCCAAAACAGGUAAAAAAUUUGUGACCUCUUCAGGUGAAAUAUUUAGUGUAUCAUCAAGUCCUUGGUUAACUGGAACGUUACUUGAUCAAGUCAUUUUAAGGGUCGGAUGGCUUGGUAGUCUUCAAAAGUUCCACACCCCUCCUCCUCCCCCCCCCUCCCCACCAAGAAUUUUGUCAUGUUCCUCUCACACUUUGCCAGAACCCUUUCUUAUGGUCAUUGGUAACAAGGUCUCCGCAAUCUUACUGUAAGACCCUGAAUUAAGUGCAUAAAUAAUACAAUGCAUUUUUGGUCGUUUUGUUCAUUCGUCCUCUCGUUCACUCAUUCAGUUAGUCAGUCAGUCAGUCACUCAUUCAUUCGUUUGUUAAUCAAAUUAAUUAAUCUUUUAUUGUUAUUUUCCCAGCUCUUCAAACGUCCCCACCCCCCUAAGAGAGUGUUUCGUAGCGUGGAGUCUGACUCCCAGACCGGUGCGUUGGUCAAUGUCGAUCGACUGUUUUUUCACAAUCUGCCCAACUUAGUGCCUUCAGCUCAGCCUGUCAAAGGUAAGUCACCAUGUUAAAGACCAAACAACACACGUUUCAUGCAUUACUAGGACUGGCAACUUUAAUGGUGUCGUGAGCGAUUCCAGGUUAGCAAACACAGGAAACUGCCGGAAAUUUUUGUUUUUUUCUGUCAGAGCUGAAAGGUCCUGUGGGACAGAUGAUUCAAACUGACAACCGGGGGCUUCUGGCUGUGGAGAAAAACAAAGUAAGGAAAAGAGAAUUUUUAAAGAUUGUGGCAAUUUGGAAGUGAAGAUUAUUUUUAUUCCAUUCAAGACAAUUACUCAUAUGUUUUUGUUCUCUUUUCUUUUAGGUGCUGGUCCCGCCUCAUAACAACCGCUACAUCGCUUGGGGUUUGGUGACUCGAGCAUGCGUACUGGGUUCUAUGAAACAGAGAGGGUAAUUACCGUACUCGCUCACAGACUUUUGUAUUCAGUUUUCAUGAAUACGUCUACGAUAAAGUGUUGAUUGUCGGACUGAGAAAAGUUGGAGUUCCCCCUCCGGCUCUGAUACUCAGUUAGUUCAAAUCUUGUUCUCCGACGCUCCGUGCCCCCUCUCCUUCUUCACUGAUCUAUUGAGACAAUGGCGAUCUGUACUACGUUCAUAUGUUGAUAUGUUAAUCAAUCAUUUAUCUUUUUUUUCGAUGAUCUCUUCCAGGUCUUAGCCGUCUACGAGAACUUUCACAUAGGGCAAGUUCUUUGCGCGUCGUGCCCAGACUCCCACACUCUUAUCACUGGAGGAACAAGCACGGUUAGUAUGACAAGUCAAGUCGUUUGCAUGACGCGCAGAAACUACGCUUUAGCUCAGGGUAUAGAAAAGAGGAAGGGGGUCGAAAUGGUGAAUUGUAUAAAGGACUCAGUAUAUUGACUGUAAUUGUGCUAAUUGAUCUUGAUCUCGAGACUUGUUAAUGCGACAUUUCAUUUCACGUGCUUGCCUCCAUUGAAUUUUUCGUAUCUAGUAAAUAACUUACAAGUUUCUCUGUUGUUAUGAUGCAGCUUGUUUGUGUGUGGGACAUGAUGAAAGGAAGGGAGAGAAGACCGCAGAUUAUUUUACACGAGGUGAGUGAGUCAAAUAUUCUCCACACCGAGGCGAUUUUUCAAAGGAACAGCACUUUUUCAGCGUUUCAGUAGAAUCUUGACGUACCUUCUCCCCACCCACCCCCCCUCCCCUUCAACCCCCACUUGCAUCCGGGCACCUCCUCUAGCCACACCCUUCCUCACUCUACCCUUGAGUGGCUUUCAUUGUCGUUCCCAAAACGCUAUUUAAGUUACUAAGUCUAAUGGUUGUACAAUUUUGAUUGACAGGUGUUAUACGGGCACCACGCGUCUGUCACGUGCCUAGCAGUAUCUACAGCCUACAAUCUUAUUAUCAGCGGUUCUGAGGUAAGAGUUUGCGUGAUUGCUAAGGUCUGGUCACCGGAAUGAAAGGGAUUCGUAUUUGUACAAGUAACGAAUGCAUUUACAUAAAACCUGCUGCAAUAAACCUAAUGAUUUCCUUGUAUUAACCUCUUGCCCCAAAGAGUGUCUAGCAUCUAAUUUUUCCUUACAAUAUCACGCCUGAAUUACAGAUUAAAGAUAUAAAAGAAAUGAUCACCGACUGAAGAAGCUCUUUAUCGAUAAACAAAUUCUCCUUGUCAGCACCCAAGGAAACGUAUGAAUCAAGGUGUAAUUGUUAAACCCUCCUGGUGUACUUGGCUUAUGGAACGAGUUUGUUUUGUUCAUCGACAGUGAUUUAUCUAUAUCCUCUACAGUUAUAGGAACGAUCUUAUCAAUUUAUCAAUAAGGCAGUUAUUAAAGACAUUUCAGUAGAAAAGUCUUUAAAAUUCAGGCUUCGACGGAAUUCUAAAGCGUUCCUCUCAGAUACUAGCAACUGAGAUACGAAGCCACGUGUUAAGGGCGAGGUAAAUUUUAGUAUCAUUUAUUUCAUGAGAUUUUAACUUACUCCUUUGCAGGAUCAGACAUGUAUUGUUUGGGACUUGAGCAAAUUGACCUACGUUCGACAGUUGUCUCAACACAUGGCACCAAUCACUGCCAUAGCUAUCAAUGAUCUAACGGUAAGCAAACAACUCUCUGUUAUUUGGAUCAAUUUCUGUAUCUGAGAAAAUGCUCACCUGAAUGCUUGACUGUUGUUGGGUUGAGGGAAGGGUAGGUGCGUAGUCGCUCAGAUAAGAUUCGGCGCAAAGAAAACCCGACAUUUGAAAUUCAAUGUACCGAGCUUGUAGGGUACACUCUUCUCUCAAUCGUCAGAUCCUUGUUUUAUUGCUCAUCAUCAACAUUCACUACGUCACAAACUUAGUACACUCUCUCCUAAAACCUAUUUUUCUGCUCAUUGCGUCUUCAAUUUAAAUUUUAACCCAACAGUGAAUGCGUUACAAGUGUCAUGUCACGCAACUUCCGUUUAGCAACCUUACAAUUUGACAGCCUUUGUUUUAUUUUCCUUUUUUACUUCCAGGGAGAUAUCGCGACUUGCGCAGGAACAUAUCUCUACGUUUGGUCCGUCAACGGGCAGCUGAUUGUGAAAGAGAACACUUCAUUACAGAACACCAACCACAUACAAUGCUGUGCCAUGUCCGAGGUGCGUCAGACAACGUGCAACAACUCUUUCAUAAGCUCUCCCGAACUGUUUGAUUUUUCUUUUCUCUACGUUAUUUGUGGGACUUGAGAAUUGUACCUCUACAACUUUCCCUGGUUCGAUACGACGAAGCUCUGCUCAUGCGCCUCGCAACUCGAUUUUUCUCCACUAUUCAGGAGCAGUGGCGACCUCCUAAUGACCCACUUACUCCUUGGAGUGAGGAGUGACCAUUUAGUAAUUUCUCCUUACUCUAUCAAUACAUUUUAAAGCGGAAGGGUGACGAGAAUUAAAAAAAAAUGAACUAUGUGAUAUUUCACUGUCGUUUCAUGUCACUAACAAGCAUGCAAGCUGACUCUUUUACGGCGAACUUAUCACGAAAUUUCAAACUUAAGCUGGUAUUUUUAAAUUGACUUCACGCUUUUUCUACCUGACAUCUGCGACUCAAUCCAGUUUUUUCCUUUCAAAUGUGACAUUCUAAUAUUAUGUUUAUUUUACAGCUUUCUGAAUGGGAUGAAGAAAAUGUUAUUCUCACGGGCUCUAUAGACGGUGUCGUACGGGUAAGCAUAAUUUUAUUUUUCCUUCUGUUCAUCUUUUUUUUCAAAGACAGAUUUUUUUUUUUAGCUCAAAUAUUUACUCGUGUUGUCGUUGCAGAUGUGGGGGAUCGAAUUCUACGACGAGGCGGCGAAAACCCGCCGAAGUAUGAAAUCAGUAUCUCCGAAAACUGACGAAACUCCGUCAAAGAACUCGGAACUAAAAGGUAAAGAUGCAGAGGACGCACCACAGGAGACUGGGACUGAGGAAUUAGUAACGGAAUCGUGUUCGGAUCUAGACUCCUCUCUAAAGCGCGAAAACGCGUCGGCCGAUCAGAUCCCGCAGCCCAACCAGUCAGUUGUUACCUCUGAACAAGCAGACCUUCGACCUGAAUUGGCAAAAGAGACUUUGGAGGAAAAACUCAGCGAUCACGUGAAGCCUACGGCAGCAGAGGACGUUGAGUUGACUGAAGUAGUGGAGAGGAGACGUCAUAUGACACCUAACCUGCGUGAUGAAAGUAUAGAAGAGGAGUACGUCAUAAUUACCCAUAAGAGAAACUGCGAGAGUAAAGACUCGCCUAAACCAGGUAUGUAUAGAGCGCAUCCCGGUUCAGGGUCAUAAAACCAAAACCAAAGUAACUACAUCAGCCAAUCAGAACCAAGGGUAAAUCACAAGCAGCCAAUGAGAGCUCAGAAUGAAAAACGCAAACUGCUUUAAGCGCGGGAAAACGCGGGCGACCAAGUUGAGAUUAGAUUUAGGUUCGCAUCUGAUUGGUUAAGAAAAGUGGCGCUAGUUUUCUGGGCCAAUCACAGAGCGUAGAAAAUCAAAACCAAAGCAACCACUUCAACACUCAGCUAAAAAUUUCUCUAUCAUUUCUUUGAAUAUUAGAAACAAUUUUUAGCUUCUGUAUUAAAAAGCUGGAGAGUAUUUUAUAAUAAUAUAUUUUGAUGUGACCGACGUUUCGAGCCCACGAGUGGAGCGGACGGCUCCAUCGAACUCAACUAAACCUUUGAUACUUGACUUUGUUGAUAACCUCCCGGCAUCCAGGUUGUCGAAAUGUCAUUCGCUGACAAAAGUAAUGACGAUCACCCGACAGAAUCAGCUGUUACUCCCGGAUUCAAACAAAUUGCUGAAUGAUUUUUUUUUUCUGUUUCGUACCAUUUAAAGUGUGGAGAAGACGCCUGGUGCUCAGACAUAAGCUGACAAUGCACACAGCGUUUGCCAGAGAAGAUAAUUCAGCUCCAGCGGCCAUUACAUCUUUACUUGUGUCGAAGUGAGUUUUGUGAUUUCUGUGAACUGACCAAUCGAUCGACAGAGAGAACGACCGACCGAACAUCCGGCCGAACGAACGAUCGACCGACUGAACGAAGACAGGAACGUCUGACUUUUCGAUUGAUCGAAGAACGAACGAAUGAACGAACGGCAAAAGACGAACGAUAAACGACGAACGGUGAAUAAAGAACGAUCAACAAUGAACAACGAACAAGCGAACGAACGAAGGAAAAGCGGAGAAACGUACCGACCAUCUAAUAAACAAACGAAGAAACGAGCAAGCGAGCGAAAGAACGACCGAACGAACGACCUACGAAUGAACGAACGAACGAACCGACGGACUACGAACGGAGCGACUGACGCAUUUUUAAAACAUCUUUUAACACAGCCAGAUAUUUUUUCGGCUCUUGUUGUUGUCAAUGAUCAUGUAAAGGAUUCAGCCACCCUUCUCUCUGAAUUAAAUACCGAUCGUUUUCCACUUUUUACAGGGAUCAUCGCAAGUUAUUUGUUGGAGAUUUCCGCGGACGGAUCUACAGUUGGUCUGUGACUGACGCCGCAGGUAUGGACCGAUCAUGGUGAUAAAUACACACACAUAACAUUAUCACGUAUCUUACACACAAAGAUCCAUGGGAUUUUUAGAAUUACUAUUAUAGUAUAGACUAUCCGUUGAUAUCUUCUAUGUAUUCCUGCAGGUCGUAUGGCUGACCAUUGGGUGAAGGACGAAUUUGCUGACAUUUGCGCAGGUUGUGGAAUUAGAUUCAAGUUCAUUGAGAGGCGCCAUCACUGCAGGGAUUGUGGGAAGGUUUUCUGUGCAAGGUAAUUCAUAAUCUUUGGGGUUUGGCUUUCCCAAGAGUUGUCUAAUGCUAAAGACGUUUGUGGUGUUCGUCGGGAGAAAUUGUGAUUUGCAUGUGGUUACAAGAUACCUCUUACUAGCUGAGUUCGAGGUCUGUACUGUAAGUUAUUGACUAACGAGGUUCCUUAACUUACUGCGCAGACCGAAAAAACAAUGUGAGUACGAUAUUUGACCCUUUAACUCCCAGAGGUGAUUAAAAUCGAACUUCUCCCUGCAAUAUCCCUACAUUAUCCAAGAAACAGGUAAUGAGAAUACUCAAACAUAUCAAGUGGAAGUUGUUGUCUUGAUCUAGCACCAAAUUCUUGAAACUAAUUUAAAAGGAACUGUUCAGUAGCUGUAGGGGAGAAUUGACUAUCAGAUCUUGGGAGUUAAAGGAUUGGCGCAUCUCUUGGUUCAAAUAUAGGGGGGAAGAUUUCAAUAUCAACAAACUUUGAAUUUAACUGAGAGAUAUAAAAAAAAAAACAGUUAACUAAUAAAUUCUAUGUUGUCGUGCGUCUGUUCAGUAAUAGAUCACAGAUGACAUCGAGAUGUGGCAGGAACAAAAAAAGAAUUGCAUGAGGCGCAGCCAAUUGUGUCACUGAUGUUUCUACUAAACAGACACGUGGCAACAUGGAAACUAUUUUUUAACAGACAAUAGAAGCUAAUCUUUAUCGACUGGUUUGCUUCCAUCGAUUGAAUUUACUUAGUUUACUUCUUAAGAAUAUUUCCUGUGCCUUUGCUUUUCAGAUGCAGUAGCUACGAGUCAGAGAUCAGCCGUCUUGGGAUCCAUGCUCCUGUCCGCGUGUGUCACUCGUGCUACAAGAAACUGAAAAAAGCAUCCAAGAAGGCCAAGAGCUAACGUUCAGUUCUUGGUAAUUCCUACAUUCCAAAUUCAAUUCUGUAUCUGGACGUGCCUCUGAAUAAGAUUGCAGUUACAAACUCACCAAUCAUGGAAAAUACUAUUGAUGUGAUUACAACAGUAAUCAGUAUCUGAGCAACUGCCCACCUACCCCUCUCCUAACCCAAAAUUAACCCUUAGUUGUUAUCAGUUGACUGUUGUUGGGUUGAGGGAGGGGUGGGUGUAUGCAGUUGCUCAGAUACUGACACUGAUCUGUCACAUCAUUAGAGGGAAGGCAAUGGAAGCAGAAGUAUUUUUAUCGUUUUUUUUCUUAUUUUUUUGUUAUUACCAUUGAGAAUAUAAUGGCAUGAACUAUCAUACUCCUUAUAUUUGACAUGAAGAGAACAUUUCUGUCACACAAGGUCAUUAGAAGGCAUGAAAAGAAUUCUUGAAGAGACCACUACACAAAGAUAGCAAUACUUUUAGUCCUGUUUGGGUCAGAAUUGUUCUGUUCAACCCUUUAACUCCAUGAAGUGAUUAACAUGAAACUUCUCCCUAUAAUAUCCUUACAUUAUCCAGCAAACAGGUAAUGAGAAUUCUCAAACUUAUCAGGUAGAAUUUGUUAUCCUCAUCUAACAACAAAUUCUCAUAACUAAUUUACAAGGAAAGGUAUAACAGCUAGAAGGGGUUAAAAUCAAUAAUAACAACAACAACAACAACAAGGACACACCAAACUGGUGAACUUUACAACUCAAUCAUUUUUAAAGUAGAAGUAGAAUUUUAACAUUUAGCAACUAGGAACUUAUUUUUAAUAAUUUAGUCUUGAUCAUAGGAAACAUUUUAACAGAUACGUAUUGCUACUAAUAUACAGCUUAAACUGACACAACCCCCCUUUUUUUUUUUGGAUGUUUAGAAUUAAUUCAAUUUCAUUUGGUAUUCGUCUGCAGAAAAUUUCUGAAAAUUAUUUUCAAAUGGUCAUUCCCUAUGAAUGAAAAUCAAAUUAAUUUAAUGGGAUGCCCAGACACAAGAACUUAACCUCUUCAAUGGUUAAUCUAUUUUUGUCUGCACUGCUGAGUUUCACCAAUUCAUAACAUCUGUGACAGUGAAAAAUAAUGUUAGUGUUCCUAUGGUGCCAAUGAAAUUUCAUGUAGCCUUAUGUAGUUUAAUAAUGUUCACAUGAUGUCAAUAAAAAAAGGAAUAAUAUAGAUCCCAUAUUGAACCAGUGUGGCUGGUAGAAUACCGCACAAGGAUGAUAAGGGAAUCUAUGUUGAGGUUCUACUGGUGAUAGCUAAUAUAUUUUGUAAGUAAUGAAGUAAUUAUUGACUGAUAAAACUAUAUGUGAACAAGAGGAAUAAUUUGUAAAUAUCUUAUUCUCUCUGGAGCACAUUAAAAUGUAG